AUGUCUACAGACAAAAAUCUGGAUGAUUUUUUGAAAAAUGUUGAUGAAAUCGGUAAGUGUGUUUUUAUUUUGUAAAUUGUACUAUCUAGUAUGCAUGUAUCUCAAAAUUGUCUCACAUGGCCAUUAAUUGAGAAGUAAAACAUCAGCUGUGGUUCUCCAGUUUCUUGAGACUCCAAGACCAGAGUUAUUGCAGUUUGUAUAAAGAGCCACCAGAAGGAGCUGUGGUAGAGAUAACACCACUCAGCACAACGGUUUGCAAUGCAGUAAUGCAAUAAGCCAGAAUAUUAUGUUAAGCUUCAUUACUACUAGCUGCAAGCAUUCUGUGACAACUGGAGGCAUAUUGCGCAAAGAUUUCUGUAUUGAAAAUUUGAGUGGCAUUACUUGCCAGAUCUAUUUCCAUAUUACUGGCUACCGACCUUCACAUGUCAAAUGCCAUGAAGAAGAAAUAAGAUAUAUAAUACCCAUCUGCAUUCACACACUGACCAUCAACAAAAAUACCCAUCUGCAUUCACACACUUACCAUCAACACAAAUAUCCCCCUGCAUUCAUGCACUAAUCAUCAAUACAAAUAUGCCCUUGCAUUCACACACUGACCAUCAACACAAAUACCCCUGUAUUCACACACUGACCAUCAACACAAAUACCCUCUGCAUUCACACACUGACCAUAAACACAAGUACCCCCUGCAUUCACAAAAUAGCCAUCAACUCAAAUAUCCACCUGCAUUCAUACACUGACCAUCAACUCAAAUAUCCCACUGCAUUCACAGAUGCUGAUCAUAAACAUAAAUAUGCCCCUGGACUCACAAACACUAACCAUCAAAACAAAUACACCCCUGCAUCCACACACUAGCCAUCAACUCAAAUAUCCCCCUGCAUUCUCACAUGCUGAUCAUAAACACAAAUACGUCCCUGAAUUCACACCGACUAUCAACACAAAUACCCCUCCUGCAUUCCCACACUGACCAUCAACACAAAUACCUCCUGCAUUCAUACACUGACCAUCAACACAAAUACCACCCUGCAUUCACACAUGCUGAUCAUAAACAUAAAUAUGCCCCUGAACUCACAAACACUAACCAUCAAAACAAAUACACCUCUGCAUCCACACACUGACCAUCCACAGAAAUACCCCCUGCAUUCACACACUAGCCAUCAACUCAAAUAUCCCCCUGCAUUCUCACAUGCUGAUCAUAAACACAAAUACAUCCCUGAAUUCACACCGACUAUAAACACAAAUACCCCUCCUGCAUUCCCACACUGACCAUCAACACAAUUACCCCCUGCAUUCCCACACUGACCAUCAACACAAUUACCCCCUGCAUUCACACACUAGCCAUCAACUCAAAUAUCCCCCUGCAUCCAUACACUGACCAUCAAUACAAAUACCCCUCUGCAUUCACACAUGGUGAUCAGAAACAUAAAUAUGUCCCUGCAUUCAAACACACUACCCAUCAACACAAAUAACCCCCUGCAUUCACACACUGAUCAUCAAUAGAAAUACCCCUAGCAUCCACACACUGACCCUCCACAUAGAUUAAAAUAAUAGUAUUAUGGGAAUAUUGGCACUAAUUUAUGUAAAUAAAUUAGAAUUAAGAAUAUUUAGUCUGCUUUAUAUGAAGUAAAUCCAGUGACAGGGCCACUUUAAGUAGAAAAGGAUGAGAUAGUUUGUAAAGUGCUUUGUUUUAAAUGAAAAAGGGCCUUUCUGCUUGAUAUUUUUCCGUUCACCUACUGAACGCUUUUGAAAUCAAAGGAACAGAGCAAUGUAGCCUUCUGAAUCGAGAGCUACCUGGGGUUCCUGUCAAUUCACAAACCUCGACAGAGAAACCCUUUGUCAUACACUCAGUGCAUUGUUGGCAGAAGUUUAGUUAUCAAACUUGAACAUGCUUGAAACUACUAUAAAAAUGGUUGAUAUCCACAUGAAAGACAUUAUGAUUCGACAGGUAUACACUAGAAUAAAUGAAGCACAGUUGGAAAGAUUUUUUUUUAAAGGUCUUUUUCAUUUAAGCUGUGCCGUGCCAGUGAAAUAUUGUGGAACAAUUUUGCUUUUGUAAUAUGUGGAGAACAAUGUUACUAUUCUCCUUGCGAUACCCUCAUUUGGAGUCUGUUAAAACAUCAUUUUCUUAAUGUUCAAUAUCUUUCUAGUGUAAUAUUUCUCAGUAGUAAUACUCAACAGUAAUAGGGAAACAUAAUUUUGUUUAUGUUAAAAACAUGAACUGCAAUUUGUUAUAUUUACAUAAAGUAAAUAUAGAUUAGGUGCACUUUGAACAGUGAGGGGUAAGUAUUCCUCUCUUCCCGAAUAGGUAUUGAGUUUAGAUUUACUGGCAGAGAUUUAUUUUUCUAAUUUGCAUAAUUUAUUGUGUGGUAUAGGCUUUCUUUCUUUUUUUUUUGUGUAUGUGAGUGAGAGUGUUACAUUUAAUUUCAUCAAUUUAGUCCUUAGUGAAUUUUACAACCUAUGUGCAAAGCAAAGUCAAAACCUAAAAACCAACAUUACGAAAGAAGAUUUGAGAACGUGAUCACAGUAAAACAUAGCACUGAUAAAAUUAUCACACAUAGAAAAUUCAAUGAAGAAUGGCACUGCCUAUGAGAGUAGUAAAAUAAUACGAAAACAUUACGACAUGCAACUGGGUCAGGUUUAUCUCCAAUUUUAGUUUGUUUUGGAAGUGUCUGUACUCCAAAAUUAUGUGCAUAACUGGAAUCAGACUUUGUGUUGGCAGUUCCAGGCAAGUGGACACUAUUUCUCUGCGAAGUCUGAUGUAGGACCUUUCCUGUGUCCCUUCUGAUGAUAAGGAGAAUCCAUUGUCAUCAUGUUGGACUAUAAGGGGCCUUUUUGCCCCCUCCAGUGAUACUUUACUCCUUGAUCUAACUUUGUGACAGACCACCCGGUCACUUAGGACUUGUACAUAGCUCCCAACCACCACAUCUUUGUAAAAGAACUGUGAUCACCAACAUAUUUCCCCCUCCAGACCGGGCUUCCAAGCUCAGCACCCUAUUCAGAGGCCCUAGAGAUAUCAGAAACCCGGAGGGGGCUCGCAGAGACAUUGUGUGCCUGACCGGGAGCAACCUACAAAUCACCUGGAACUCCAAAUUGGAUUGUGGAGUUGCUGCAAUCCGAUAAAACUUCUCUGAAGUCACUUUAGGUCCCAGGACCUAUUUGGAGGCUUGAUGGAGGAGGUGGUAGGGCAUCGAACAGUACCAAGGACUUGAGGGAGCUUGAUGUACUAAUGGAAAGCGCCAUUGUUGAAAGUGACUGAGAUUUUACACCCAGCCCCAAGGAACUCUGCACCAGAUUGGAUAAUGUUUGCGGCCCAGUCAAAAUGUAACAUCCAGACCAUUCAGGCUAGACACCUCCAAUCCAAGCACUUUUUGGACAGAAUGGGCGCUCCAGGAAUAGCUAUCCAGGGAUGGGGAUGCGGGCAUGGGAAGACCAUUUUUUAUGUUUAAAUGUUAUUAGGCGCUGAGGUGUCUUGCCACUAAUAAAAUUAUCUGGUCAGGUACAGACAUCUAGGCGUCAAAUGUGCAAUAAACAUUGAUCUCCUGGUGAUUCCCUGUUGGGAUUCCAAUAAAUCAGUUCUUCACCCUUCACUAAGUCUCGGCUAGUGUUUGGGUGGAACAGUUAUAUUAGCUAUAAUCAUAAAGGGGGAAAGGGAGUCGGCCACCACAAGCAGUAACUUUGUUGACGUAGAUACCCAUGCUUUAGAAGAGGCUUAAAAAGAGAGAUCAUUAAAUAUUACUAUGUGGAUGUCCUCAGACAUUGUUUUAGGAUCCUGCAGCAGCCCAGUACAGCAUUUAUGAUCCCCAAAUCUCUUGCCUCCUAUCUUGUCUAUGGUGUUCAUUCAUUCAUCCAUAUGAGCCAAGCUGUUUUAUAGUCCUAGGUCUUAGAAGAAACUCACUUCCCUAUUAAUAAUUAGAGAUCAGAGAUAGGUAUGUAUUUGUAGCCAUUUGUUUUAAUUUAUGGUUCGAUGGCUAAGGAUUUAAGAUCUAUUUAGAAUGGUAUAACUAGAACUCAGUGUCACGACUUACCUGCGCUCCCUCUGCUAUCUCGUUGCUCAUACGGCAAUUUAUAGUUUGGAAUGUACUACACAUUAGUAACCUCUUUAUUUUCCAGCUCAUAUUAUAGAAGGUCUAAAUUCCACAGAUGAAUCUUGUAGAAAAAAUGCAUUUCUUAAAGCAGACAAAAGGCUUGCUGUGUUAAAGGAUGAGGAAGAUAUUGAAGGAACAAGAACAAAGGAGAAUAGGACCUGCAUUAAUAAAUCUUCUUGUGCGAAGCUUCAUCAUCCUGUAAGUUGCACCUUCUACAUCUUUAACAUUGCUGUGUGAGGGAAAAAACAUUACAUCAUUACCAUCUUCUAUCCUGUAUUUUAAAGUUCUGUGACCACCAAAACAUAUAAAUGUGUUUACAGGUUAAAAUAAUAGCACAGCAGCAGUAAUACAUGUCUAUUUUAUUGCCAGAGAGACCCACUUAAGUUCAAGCUGUGAUGACCUAGCAUACUACUAGUACUUACACAAUGCUGACUCAAAAAGCUGUCUUAGAGAAAAACGUUCAAAUUGGCAAUUUCGAUAAAUGUAAGUUGUUACAAAGACUCACAUGGGAUUGAAAAGCAAAAUAGCUCACUGGCCAUAUGGCUAUAUCAUUAUGGCUCUCAGCUAGCUACUCCAUACUAAUGUGUUGAUAACUACUGUUGCAUUCAACCUAUGCAUUAAUUUUGUAAAGGUUUGCUUUCCACACUGUCACUGCUUUCAGGCCUUCCCAAAGUUGAUGCAGUGUUCAAAAUGUGUAGUACGGAUCUAGCCGUGAGAGAAUCUUGUAGUGCAUGCCAUGCAUGCAAGGACACACAUGGCACACAUGCACAUACACAGGCAUGAUAAUCGUACAGAUUUCAUGAUUUAUUUUUUAGUGAUUUUAAACAGAUUGUUUUCAAUGUCACAACAUAGGACCAAAUAAUAACGUUAUAUGCUGUUUAUCGUCUUCCUAUUAGUCCAGAUCCUUGUAGGUCUUCAUGUGACUACAUACGCACGGCACUAUUUCCUUACCAGACAAAGCAUUUGCAACCCAUGUUAUCCUUGCAGCUAGGUAUUUAAUAUCCUCCAACUGGAAAAGUACAAGAAGCCCCACUUUAAGAAAAAUUGUGGAAAAAAUAUGCAUAAAUUACAUAUAUGAGGAAAUUACAAUACUCACUUAUAAACAAAGCAACCUGUUUAAUAAAAUAUGGGCCCCUUGGCAGUCUUUUCUGUGCAAAACAAGCGACUUUACACAUUUGGAAGGAUGGUACAGCUCCCACUAUGGUAUGUCAGAUUAAUCAAGGUAUUAAUUAACACACAUCAAGAGGGGAACUCCUGACACCUAAUACAACAUUGCAGAGCAGUUUUUUUGCAGAGAGGACGAGUCGUUCAUUUUCUAUGUUUUAUGCCUUUCUUAUACUAUAUUCAUGUCACUAACUACCAUACCGCAGUGAAUACGUCGUUACCAUUAUGAACAAUAUUGCAAUAAAUAUUUAUUUAUAAGUGAUGCUGCACGUUGUAAUGUAGUGCAUGGAUUUAUACCGAAAGUGCCAUAUGGUCUAUGUAAGAUGUGUAUUUAUAGAUGCCAACAUACUUUGAAUUGCAUUUUAAUUUUUUUAUGUUUUGGACCUUAUGUUUCUCCUAAUUUCGCAUUUUCUUUUUUGUAACCCUAAACUUAAAUUUCUCAAUAACAUACCAUUUAAAAAAAAAGACACAUAGGAACUUUAUCAGACCAUCAUCUGUCUGGAGGUGUUGUGAUUUAAUGACUCGUAUAACAUAAUUUGGUUUAAACUCUAAACACUGAAUGUGUUUAGGGGAAUUUAUGUUUCAGUUACAAAAUGUACUCCAAAACAGCUUGAAUGCAGAAUUUUACCCUCUAGGCUAUUUUCAGCUAAAUGUUGCCAAUUAACUGUUGGUUUACCAGAAUGUGUUGUUUAAUGAAUAAACCCCAAAGUCUAAUGGUUACAGAUUUCUAAAUACCUGUGAUCAAUCCACUUCCAAGUGUUCCAGAACAGCAGAUUAAGACACUAUAAAAAGCAAUGCUUGCUCCAUUUGUUGUGAUUUUCCACCCUGGACACACUCAAAAUUCUUUACAAUUGUGAUUUAUUUCCGCCGUGAAGCAGCUAUUACUGCAAUCCACGGAUUUAACAGGCAUUUUAUUUUCCUUUAUAUUUUUGCUUACAUUUGCUCACAUGUUCCGUAAAAGCAGAAAAAUAUUUUUACUCAAAGUGGGCAAAAAAACUCAACAUACAGUGGCAAGCUUCCAAAAACAUUAGCACCUCCGCAAUCAAUGUAUUUUGUGCCGACUGACAAUUUAUCAAGAUCUUAAUAAAGUAUCAGCCGACACGAAACAUAUAGUUUGCUGUGGUUUUAAUACUUUUGGGAGCUUGCAACUCUGUAUAUCCAGUUUUUGACCACUUUGAAUAAAAAUAUAUUUUUCUACUUAUACAGAACAAGCAAUGGCUGAUGUGUCAUGAGAACCAUUUAUAUUUUUGUGAUUAGCACACUUCUGCGUAUGCAUUGACUAUCUAGUUGGUGUUCAUGAUUCAAGGCAGUAAUUGAGGGACACCCUGGCCAUAAUGUUUGCUGCAAGUAUUUUGAGCACACAAACCAAGCUUCCUACUUUUUGAUAUGCCUUUUUUAUGUUUUGUUGUAUACAAUGACAUGCCCAAUAAUUAGUAUUGCUUGCAGUCUUCCACUACUUAUGCUUAUAAUAGCUCACUAAAGUGUAUCUCUCUCAUGAUGCCCAAUGCAAGAUAAAAAUGUGAUUUAUGUAAUUAAAAAUUAUAUUUUAAAUCCAGAGAAAAAAAGAUAAAAUGUAUGCUGUAAUUUUUAUUGUCUCAAUGGUUUAGACCAGGGGUUCCCAAUAAAUUUUAUCUGUGUGUGUAUGUAUCUGACACACAGAUACACACACUGGCACUUAGUGGCACACAGAUACACACACACACACACACCUUCACACAUUAGCACAUACACACACACACACACACACUGCCACAGACACUGACACACAUAUAUACACACACAGUGCCACAUGCACACACCUUGACACACAUACACAAACUGGGACACACACACACAGAUUCACACUCAUUAGGUGAUACACACACUGACACAGGUACACACACAGACACAUACACACACAAAUAUGUUUAAAUGUGCUGUUUACUUACCUUUUUUCUGCAGGAGAAUCUUCAGUGCUGCUGGCUGAGGUUGGUGUGCUGCUCAGUCCCCGCUGCCCCUUCUCCACCUCAAGGCGGCGUGCUCUGUCUGGGAGGAAGUACUGUCACUUCCUCCCAGCAUCCAAUACUACAGGGGUCUGGUCUCAGUUUUAGAUGACCGCGAAACCUGACCGGAUCCCUGUUUAGCGAUACCCAUUAGGUGGCCCUAAAUGCUUGGGCAAAUCGCUGCGGAACCCCAAUUUUGAGAACACUAAUUGGGAACGCUGGUUUAGACAAUCCAGAAGAUUCAAUCAUUCAGAGUUACUGAGUUCCUUAGUAAAUGGGACAAGCUGUAUCAAGUGUACAGCUGGACACAAAUGAAGAUGUUUACUUUGUUAUUAACAUUCAAUGUUACGGUGUUGUAUGCCUUUUACUUAGUUGACAUUAUACUAAACUAACCUUUUUCAUUUUUAUACUUUUGCUACUUUGGAUAUUCCUGUUACUGUGUGAACAAGAGGGUGGAAAUGAGUCAAGGUAAGAACAGCAGAAAAUACAAAUUAGCAUUUAAUUAACAUUAAUUGCAUGCCGAAUGUAAUGUUAUGCACUUCUUAAGCUUAUUAAUGUGAUAAAUGUAUCUACAGAUUCCGAAUAAACAGAUAAUGCUAGGUGAAUAAGUAAUUAUUUUGUUUUGUAUACUUUAUAUAAUAGACAAUAAAGACAUAUUUGCAUUUUCAACACUGGGUCCACUGGGAUUUAUAUAUUUAAUCUUAAAGGUAAAAAUUUAAACUUACGUGUGUUAUACAUUUUUGUCGGCUUGAAAACAGUUGUGCCAAGGUUUAUGCCAAAUAAAAAUUCAGCUUUUUAAAGUGAGGGAAGACUCCUCCAUGACUUUCCCUUGAAUGUGUGCUGCAUUUGUACAUAUAUUGGAACCAAUAUGGCGUAUACUUACGUGUUGCACAAACAUCAAAAAAUAUUCACCCAUACCUCGUGAUGAGUUUUCCUACAAACAAAGCGAAUCAUCGUUUAAAUUACCGCACCUUACAACAGGGCAUUUCAGUAAAAUGAUGGAGGAAAUUUUAGCUACAAGAUUUGGUAUUGGUAACUCUCUGGUUGAGUUAGGAAGGCCAACUGUAACUUUCUAAUGGAUCAAAAAUAAAUAUUACAAUAUUUUGUAGGAUUUAUUUCUAGAUAUGCACUUUAGCCCAACACACAUUUCUCUUUAAUUGACGCAAAAUAUGUAAAAAAUAAAAAUAAAAAUAAAAAAAGAAUCAGCCCUAUAUAAAAUAUACAGUGUCAAAUUUUUCAAGCCUGCAGAAAAAUACUCAACCCAACACUUAUCACAAUAAUCAAAUAUAGCAAUUUGGUCAUAACAGAUGGCCGUAUUGAGCUAAUUUCAACAGAAAGGUUCAGUAUGGCAUCGUUGGUGGGUUCUAAACUAAUUUUGGCAUGUGAGAUAAGUAUAAGCUCUGCAACUCUUAUGCAACUCUUAUGCCAUUGCUUACACUGCUCCAAGGGUCUCUUAAAGUUUAUUUGGUAUUUAUCACAUCACACCAUAUGGACCACAGGCAUCUUAUGGAGCCGCUUUAAGAAGUAGUAUAUUGCAUAUGUAUUUCCCCUUGUUACAAUUAAAUCAGUCUUCACCAAUAUAGGGGUUCUUUAAGUUAGUAACCUCACGUGAACAUGCAUGACUGAUAGGACACGUGAUAGCUCAUGUUGCAUUUUUUCAUCUGCGCAAAAAGAUUUGGAUUUCUUAUUAUUGUGUUCCUCAGAUAACUUCCUACAAGAGCUUGAACAAGAUGCAAAACAACGGGCAGAAAAGCGCAAAGAGAACCAAACGCUUGCAAAAGGUAACCUUUGAGUGUGUUUGUAUGAGGAAGGAUAUGUUGUGUAAAUUUAUAGAUACAAUUUUUUAUCAUCACUUCACAAUGAAGUUAACAUCUUAAUCAGUGGUUAAAGGACCACUAUUGUGCCAGGAAAACAAACUCGUUUUCCUGGCACUAUAGUGUUAAAAGGUACCCCCCACCCUAAUGCCCCCACUCCCCCCGCCGGGCUGAAGGGGUUAAUCACUUACCUUUCUCCAGUGCUGGAGACUCUCCUCCCUCUUCCGACGUCAUCCGCCGAAUGUGCAUGAGCGGUAAGAGUCGCGCGCGCAUUCAGUCAGUCCGUAGGAAAGCAUUUCUCAAUGCUUUCCAAUGGACAUCGGCAUCUUCUCACUGUGAUUAUCACUGUGAGAAGCGCGGAAGCACCUCUAACGGCUCUAGCGGCUGUCAUCAUAUGCAGGCAUUGUUCACAUUGCAAAUGCAUGUUCACACGUGUAUAUUUAUUUCCACAUAAAAUGCACGUAUAUGGGAAAUAGAUGGGACUUCUGGCAAAGUUAAGAGUUAAACUGAAGUUGUGAAGUUUCCUGAAAGGUUGUUUUGUUUGCUAACUAUGUGUGUGAGUAUCUGUUUGAAUUGAUACACAAGAUAUGUGCAAGGUGCGAAAGUGAGGUCAUCAAAGUGCUAAAGCAGUGAGCAUGUAGCAUAUUGCCUAGGACCAUACUUUAUGAAUAGGAGUGUGAUAGAUUGAAUUUACUUGGAAACAUUUGUUUUUUUUCAAUAAUAAUUGAUUAAAUGCAAAUUGCAUAUACAAACACUAAACAUAUCAUUUAUCCACAUACAUAUUUGUUAUAUUGUCUUCAGUGCUGGCCACCCAGUUCUAACCCCCAAAACACAAUAGUAAAGGGACAUAUAGUCACCAAAACAACUUUAGCUUAAAGACAUGACCCUGCAGUCUUACUGCUCAAUUUUCUGCCAUUUAGGAGUUAAAUCACUUUGUUUAUACAGCCCUAGUCACGCCUCCUUGCAUGGGACUUACACAGCCUCCCUAAACACUUCCUGUAAAUAUACAUAACAGGGCUGUAGUGUGAUGAAUACUCGAAUGUUACCUUAAGAUCCAGUGCACUCACUCAUUAACUAAACAGCAACUUCAAAGCUCACAGAAUGUACUCGUUUAAGCAGAAAUAAUGGGUUUAGUUACAGUAUUUUAUCAUACAUCCUCUCCUAGGACUUGCUCUAUUGAGAUUAACCCACUUACUUGGUAAAUUCUUCCCUCUGGGGCUGUCUUUAGUACAAAGUUAAAUAGGGCCUUGGAAUGAGCCACCUGUGACAACGAGGGUGCAACGCCUACACCCUAAGUCAUAUUAUAUUACAUACAAAAAAAAAGGUAUACAUUUAGAUAUUCAUAUCCACUUACACACAUCGUACAGGUGCAUGCUUAUCCACAUAUAGAUAUAUCCACAUAUCAAUACAUUCACAGGCCGAGGGCAGUAACAACAUGGAAUCCUCCAUUUUCAAAGUUAUUAUUGCCUGGGUUAUUUUAAUAAAAAGCUGGCACUUGGCUUACAUUAUAUUAUUCUCAUCUUGAUUCUCUGGUCGAUGACCAGGUUUGGAAUCGUAACCAGAUCCAUAUGGGCUGAAAACAUUAAGCAAUUAAUUUUCUCCUGUUUCGGCCUACAACAUCGUAAAAAUCUGGGUUUCUUACAGCAAUAUAAUCUGUAACAAGCAAUUUCAUAUAUGUUUCAUAAACUGUAAAUUCGUUGCAGUUUGUGAAUUAACUUAAAAGCCUAUUAAAAUACUGCACCUCCUUUAUACUUCUUAAUGACCUAAAACGUCAUUGGUCAUAAUUACAGUCCUCUUCUGGCAAUUUUCCGUUAAGAUAAAAUUAUGACAACUAUAUUGAAUUGUUGUAAUUGUGAUUUUACUUUAAAUGGUUUCAGUUAUAGUGUAAAAACGUUUGUUUAAAAUGCGAAGGAAAUUGCAUAUUAUUACAUGUGCAUACAUAUUAUUAUUCUCCUUUACUUCAAGCACUUAAAGAUUUGGGGAAUGAGGCAUUUGCAAAAGGAGACUAUGAGACUGCAGUUCAGCGCUAUACUGAAGGACUGGAAAAACUCAGAGACAUGCAGGUGUUAUAUACAAAUCGCGCUCAGGUGAGAUCCUGUAGUGGAACCAAGAUCGCCAGAUUGGUAUUAAAGCUAUUUUCCGUACAACAGCUAAGACAAAAAUCCAUAAAUUGUGAAAAACUGAAGAUAUUCAUUCAAGUUAUAAUGUUAAUUCAUUUAAAUUAAAUGUUACAAAUACACUGUUAUAGAAUUUUUCAUUGCACGUUCAUAUCAUUUUUAAAAGAUGCCUAUACCAUAAAUGUAAAUAUGUUCAGCAGUUUCUAUUUUAAUGAAAAUUACUUUCAAGAUAUAUUGCUUACACAGGAUCGCUUGUGGAGCAGUAACUCACUGAGAAUAUAAAAAUGUUAAUAUGAUAUCCAGAUGACUGCCCUCAUGCAGAAGCAUUGUGAAUCAUGGAGUGAUUAAAGGGACACUAUACACAUUAUAACAACUUUCUAAUCUAAUAGAAGUUGCCAUAGUGCUUAUAGAAGUCGCCCCUUUAAUUUGCAGCCAAAAUGUGUUAUUUUAAUAGUUAGAAGGCUUGAAAGCAUGGCUUCAAGCCACACCUACAAGCCCUCUGGAAUGUAAGUUCCUGUCCCUUAUACCCAGGCAUACCGUGACAACAUGCACGCAUGCACAGUGCUAUCAUGGCUUGCCUUAGAGCAGGACUGUCCAACAGGUAGAUCCCCAGAUGUUGUAGAUCUACAACUCCCAGGCUGCUUUGUCAUUCUAAAUGCAUUCUAAAGGCAUGCAAAGCAUCAUGGGAGUUGUAGUUCUACAACAUCUGGGGACCUACCUGUUGGGUAGCCCUGCCUUAGAGAAUCAUGUCAUCCUGCCACGCCUCAAGGAUAACAUGACAUGGGGAGGAGUGGGCAGCUGGGCCAAUGGAGACUUGGUGCUGGAAAAAUGUAAGUAAAGUGUUUUUUCUUUUUUUUUUUUUUUUUUAAAUACUGUAGAGGUGGGCAAAAACUAACUGGAAAGGAGGAUUGUCUACCUUUUAGGAAUACAGAUUUGCAUUCCUAACUCUUUGGUGCCCCAUUUUGCAAUGUUCAAGUUACCUCAUAGUUGUAAAGCUCUAGUGGUCACAUACACUGUUAAAACGAAUGUUUCAAAACACUUGUAGAUCAAUAUUAGAUAAGGGCUGAAUAUUCAAUCAAUCAGCUUUACCUCCUGAUAUAUUGUGUCCUUAGUAUCUAUCAAAUGCCAUUUUCACCUUUUGAGUACUCCUGAGGUUGCACACCUAGCCAAGUGCAGACAGUACCUAUCCUAAAAUAACAGAAAAUGUUGGUUUCUACACACAUUUGUGGUCUUGAAGGACUAAUACUUAUAUACCACGAGAACUUUGUGAGUCGCUCUAACGGACUGCAUGGCCCCCCGACCGGGUACCUCCGUCUAUCGCUGCUUCCUAGUACUUGUGCAUACCAUAAUCACUGCACUGAAACACCAUAACCACUAUAGACCCCACGAACCACCACAGCUUGGUUGGGGUCUCGCCGUCCUCCACCCACCCUGGACCCAAGACCAGGAUCCAGCUUCUGGUGAGUAGACCUCUCCUAGUCCAGAGAGCGUUGCAGGAACAAGGGAACAAACCGCAGCACUUCUGCCCACAGUCGCCAUGGCUUAACUGGUGCCCUGGAACAGCUCCUUCCUAGAGCCUAAUGGGGAAUUAGCUCUAGUCCUUACAAGGACUUUCCCCGUUGAAUCCCCUGCAAGCUGGAACAGCAGACACAGGAGUAAAUCUUAUUUACCUCCAAUAGCAGGACGACACACAGUUUUGGAGUGUAAGCUGGAAUAGCAUUUUAAAUGAGGCACACUAGCCUUUUAUGCAAGUUUCCCAACAAAGGUGAUACCCAGGUGGACCUUGAUGGGCACAGGGACACACACUUCCAAACCAAUAACAACACAUUUACAAUGUAAGGCACUCCCACACAAGGCAAAUAAUCCCUCCCCUCUGCUUGGGAGAUAAUUGAGUUAAUUACUGUAUCAACUCAAUUAUCUCCAGGCAGAAAAAACACACAUUUCUAAAAAGUCCCAAAAAGUACUCCAAAACACAACAUAUCCCCAUAAGUCACAUCCCCUGAUAGCCCUGAUCUGGGUGAACAACAUAUCAAAAAUUCACCCAUAGUUUUGACCGAUCGUGCACAUGGUCCUAUACCUAAAACAGUUCCAGGGAAAUCAGUGCUAACAGUCGGUCAAGUUUGGUAGUCUUUUACAGGUUUCCCUGAAGGGCUGGCAUGCAGACUCCUCCUGGAGCUCGUGGCAAACUUGUAGAGGGGAGUUUGUCACAGUCUCUUCAUUUGUUCUUUUGUUGAAUUGCUUUUUUCCGUUUUACUCCACCCAAUGGAGCGUAGUACCGCUAUCUGGGACCUGCAGACAUACUUUGCCAGUACUGAUAUAAAAUGAUGCACUUUUCAUGUCAUCCAUCUGUGUGGAUAUGCCAAGUCUAAUCAAGAAUUGUUUUUGCUGAAGGUAACUAAAGUAAUUUUAUUGAUUAUCAAGUCAACGUCUGCACUGACUUGAUGGAUGGAUAUAUUACACUAAACAGUAUUUUUACUUAAGUAGCACACUGCCUAAUGUCUUACGGCUGUCACAUGCAGUUUGCUUAUCUGGCUUCCCUUGAUGUAUUGCUGUUUGCUUUUAUCCAUUUCUAUUGUAUUAACUGAAGGACUAAGCGAGGCAGAGAGAUUGUAUUUGAUUUCCUAGAUCUGAUGUAGCGUUAAGCUCCUUGGUUUGAAAUUUGUCUCCCUAUCUACUGUGCUUAUGUAUAUAUUCAUUUCCAGCAUUUGAACAGAUUUCUCCAUUUCAUAGUAUGCGAUAAAUACCCCCAUUUAAUAUUCCUUCUGAUCUAUGUUUUUGAACCUUUCAUCGGGGUUGAGUUUGUAUUGAUCAUGAAAGAAGCAUAGCUACAUUUACUAAAUUGGACACAUUAGGAGUGACAUGCUAUUACAUAUUUGCUGUGACCUGCUUUAUUCAAAUAAACCAGACCCAGAAGGAGUUAUUUGUAUCUCUGAUUUAACAGAACUGCUAUUUUGAGCUUCUGGGAUUUUUACUUGGUAUCAUGCUAUAAUAUAGCCUAAAUUAUUAUUUAUUGAUCCUCUCAGGCUGGGAUGCAGAAUGUGAUAUGCCAACUUAUUGGACAGAAAUUAUUGACUUUUUUUUAUGUAUACUUUUUUCUCUUAUGAAACUACAUUGCCUAAGUUAAAAAUCUAGUCUCGGUUCCUAGAAAUCAGGAGACAGCUAGAAAAUACUCACGGGCAAGGAAGAGAGUCAGCCUAAAGGAACAUUGGGCACUUGUAGUUCACUUGCCAAAUGCUGUAUCUAGUCUGAAUUCCCCCCUGGCCAUAUGGGAAAUUGCGAGUAAAAAUGUUAGUAUUAGAGGGACAAUUUAGUAUUAGUGGGCACAUGUUAAUUUCCUUAACAUGCACAACAACGCUAAAUUUAUCAUUGUAGGGAGGAAAGUAGCUAUUUUGGAAACAUAAUCUGUUCAAUUACUGCAAAACAAUCUGGAAAAAUAUCUUUGUCUAUCUGGCUCUGUCCAGAGCUGCCUUAUUGCGACCUAAGCUGUCUUCAUUUGCCAGAAGCCACCACAUUCUGUCCACAUUACGUGGAUAAAUAUCUGGGACGCAGAUUGUGCAAGGAUCUCAAGUGUAAUUGUGUAAAAUUGCAAAUGUUCACUGCCAAAAAUAAUCUACUUCUAAACUUAUAAAUUCUGUAACACUGCGGGUUUUAUACGAGUCUAAUAUUUUCUCAAAAGGUCUGCUGCAUAAUGUUGUCUAUUUUUUUAGGCUUAUAUAAAAUUGGAAAAAUACCACGAAGCUAUAGAAGAUUGUGAAUGGGCUUUAAAGGUAUGUGCAAAUUUCAUUUUCCAUAUAAAUGUUAUCAAUGCAAUGGACACAUUAAUAUCUGAAUAAUGCUAUAUUUGGCUUACAUUAUAACGAUAAAAUACAUAAUAUAAAUCCCUACUUUGUUAUUAAAGAGAUUGUGGGGAAAAAAAACCCACAAAUAUGUGAAUGCACUAUACAGAUAAUGCAAUGAUUUAUGGCAUAAUAGUGUUUUUAAUAGCUUUUGUAUUAUUUCCCUAAUUGAUAUGAUCUUGAUGUGGUUGCUAUGCCUUGUGCACACAAUAGUAUAGUUCAUAGUUUAUGUGUGUAAUAUUUCUAUGGCAGGCAUACACAAAUCUUCACAGUUCGCUCUGCAUUGCAAAUAUCAAGAGUAGGCUCAGACUGAGGCUUCAAAUUGCAAUUCAGUUCUUUAUUAAUGGUAAAAUCACAUGCCUAUUUGUAGGUUUGCUCUCAAUGUGCAAAUUCACUAUAUGCAAGAAAAUGUCAAAAUAUUUACAGAUUCCAUGUAAAAUAAAGUAAUCCAGGCAUUUAUGAAAAAAUUUAAUUGUAACUGUGGUGACACCCAUUGGUGAAUGUUCUACUUGCCGUAGGUUGGUCUUAGGGGGCAUGCAGAGUAUAACACUAAUGUCUACGGAAACUCGUUUGAGACUACAGAAUCCUCCAUAGACAAAGUCCUUUUCUAAAGACAAUGCUUGACAGUGAUAGCUAGCUACGCUUUUUUGUCAAGCAUAGAAAAACUAGAUCAGACAAAGUAGUCCCUAAUCUUAUGGUAUCUUUUGACUGUAUUGGAAUUGUAUUGAUUCAAACAUAAAGACUACCAUACUCUCACAGUGAAAACCAGGUGCAUCAAAGACCGAGUUGGCAAAAUCUAAUUUAGUUUAGACAAAGGGCUCUGUGAAGGCCGAAAUUUUGCGAAUUCAGUUUUCAAUAAAUCUGCCUCUUUGAAGAAACCUUGAGUGCCUGGACUUAAUUUCUACUAAUAUGCAUUGGAAUUGUAGUAAAAUUCCAACAAGUCUUUGUGAGCACUUAAUAAAGAUUUUAUCUUUGUAAAAUUACAUUUGUUUUUUUUGGGGGGUAGGGGGGGGUACUGCUUUAGCAGUCUAAAUCUGAGUCACUAAAUUACCCCUAACUGAUCCAGAUGAUUAUUUUGUAUUAUUUUUGCAGCUAUUUGUGUCUUAAGUAAAAUGAUUUCCAAUAUCAAAAGGCUUAAUGAUGUUUACUUAUGGAUGAAGUAUAUGAUUGUUUUGGUUAAAUGCCUGUACAGAAAAAUAGCUGUGGUAAAGCACAGUCAAAACAAGCAAGUAAUCAGGAUUCGGUUUUCAUGGCAUUGUGAGAUAUAUUUACAACUCAGACUCAUUUAUUAUAUUUAUCUAUAGGACAUUAAUCAUAAAAAAUAUGGUGUCAGGUUUAUUGUCCACAACAUAGAGUUGGAUUAAUUGUCAUACUGUUACUCAUUACCUGGUGUAUUUUUUUUUUACCAACUAUUAACAAUUACAUUCAACCUGAAUUCCUUCCUGGGAAUAUGAUGUGAAUGUAUUUAUUUUCUGUGGUAUCCUGCCAUCAUUUUUAUAAAUUGUAAAAAAAUGGCAAUUGGGAACACACUUGGAACAUGCAUUUCUCAGCAGUGGUGCUGCCUUAGAGACCAACAUUUAUACAAAAUACAGAUUAAGGAACAGCGCACACACAAUUUUUUAUUUUUAUUUUUUUUAAAUCACCUAUCUCAGCAAACUAAUAUGAGUAGUCUGUUCCACCAUAUGGCCAUAUUGUGUUAAGCCCAUCUCUAUGCCACAGUAACCAAAUAUCGGUGUGUCCUACACUAAUUGCAACGGCGUAAACAUUAUAUAGUGCUAGUGCUAAAUGAACUAUAGUGUAUUUAAAUAAUCUGUUGUAAGAAAAUUGUGAAUAUAUAUAAUGCAAAAUUAAUGUGAUAAUACACAAAAUUAAAGAAAAAAAUGACAGUUUCAAAACUAACCAAUUAAAAUGAUUGUUCCUUGACGCAUAGACUUACAAUGCAUAUGAUAUAUCUGCUCUAUACCAAGUAAAAAGUAUAAUUAAAUUGAUAUUGCGAUCUAAAACCUUCUCAAGUUUAUACAUUCCUGUGGUCACCUGCAAAGGGGCAUCUGAAGCUGGGUGCGCGGGCCAGGGAAAGCAAUGUCACUUUAGUUCUAACUUUCAUUUGAUACAGAGCAAAUAUAUCAUAUUUAUAAUUAGUCUAUACAUCAAAGGACUAUCAAUUUAGUUGUUUAAUUUUCACUUGAUUUGAAGUAGCCUUGUAAAAUGUAAAACUGUAUUUUCGUGUGUUCUCUGUUCCUUAACCUGUGAUUAUUUAAAUUGACAAGUAAUGAGAAUUUUACUAUUUAUUUAUAGUUUAAAAGUAACUUUUUCUUAAUAUACUUGCAUAAUUUUAAAUUGCAUGUUGGGUGUUAUAACCAAAAGAAUUCGUAGUCCCUAAAAAAUAUAUGAAUCUUUAAAAAUCCCCAUUUCCUAGUCCCUAAAAAAAAAAAAAAAAAAAAAACCCUUGUGCUUUUUCUUUCCUUUUUGAACAAAUAUGUCAUAAUUUUUCAACUAAAUCUCAAACAAUUCAAUAGAUAAUAUAAGGCUUUCUCAUUUUAUUGUAUUAUCCAGUCUAUGAGACCUAUUUGAAAUGAGAAAUUAUGGCCCAGUUCCGAACAAAUUUAUGCUAGUGAAAUCACGCUUAUUCAAAUCUGAAGCUCACAUAUGGGAAUCGUAAAAAGUCUGUAUUCAUGUCUUUCAAGUGGGUUUGGGUGAAUAAAUGCUAUUCUGGUGCCAAAGGCUUAAGAAAUGCAUGAAUGACAAGUGGAAUAUUGUGCGGGAGGAUGUGAUGCACAUAAGAUGAGACACAAGAUCAACAACCUGUUAUUACUUAUCUAUACACUCUAUUGUUCCUUUGUUUAACAUUUGCGGCUGCUAUUUGCCUUAAUGUGUUGACUUUAUAGCUUUGUGUUCGAAUAGAAAAAAAAAAUAGAAAAGUUCACUUACAGGUAGAUAAAAGUUGUUUAUCAGAAUACAGAAUUGUGCUUCCAUUGACUUCACUGCGUAUUCGAUAAACGUCAGUGCUCUAAUGGAAUAUUUUAUUAAAAUUGACAUUCAGAUGUACUUUUAAACGCAGUCUUGCGUCAUGUAGUCUAAUUGUAUGUAUAGCUCACGUGGGUGUGAUGUGCAUAAAAUUCUAUGUUUGUUUUUGUUUUUUUUUCUUGGAGGAAAAUUCACUAAAUUAUGGAGAUUGGAUUUAUUAUGCCCAUACUCCUCCAUGCUAAUUUUAACAAAGUUUUUAGUUUAUAUUUUACUGCAAAUAUUAAUUAUAAAAAAAAUACAUGUGUAUAUGUUUUUGGAGUGGGGUCAUCAGUUGUUUAUGGUUGAACCCCUGCAAUCUUAAUAGCUUUGGACCGACAGAAGACAGUGCCAGUCAGCUCAUCACCAUAUCUUCCAGCCAAGUUCAAGGCUUCAAUGGCGAAGCUUGGACUUGGCAUUGGUGAUUGGCUGAGAGUGUCCUCUGAUGCUAUUGGCCUAUCACUAGCUUUCCAUUCAGAAAACUGUGUGAGAAAUUUUGUACCAAGUUGAAGAUUAAAUUGUCAUGCUGCCUAGAGUGUUCUGUUGCCCUCUUAUUACAGGCUUAACCGUACGUUGGUUAGGACACUACCCAACUUGACACCAAAGCUGUCAAACAUGGCUUUUUGUUCCUGACUACAAAUGAAAAGGCCACAGCCUGGAGUAAUACGAAUAGUUUUCUGGCUAUUUAAUGCUGGUCCCUCCUCCUAGCCCAUUUUCUAGAUUUCCAAAAGUCCUCCAUUUUCUUUUCGUAAUAUUACCUUAAAUAAGUUGGCCCUUUUCUUACAUACUUACUUGUAUGUUUCGGCACACCCCAACUGACUUGCUAUCACUGCAAUCAAUUAUGGCUUUUUGUCUGCAACUACAAAUAUAGAAAAAUAUAACUAUAAAUUUAAAUAAUGCAUCCUUUUAAGUGCUUGAUAUUUGUUUUUUCUUUUUGUGUUUUUUAUUUGUGUCAAUUUUUGUCAAGUUGUCGCUACUGUUUAACUUAAGAUGCUAUUAAAACAAAUAUUGAAUGUGGUCUUUUGUGCUAUUGUGUACCUCAUUGUGGUCUGGAACAUUUUUCUAUUUGAAUCAAAGAACCAUUUAUUUAAAACGGAUAGUGUCACAUAUAUACACACAGUUGCAAGAAAAGGUAUGUGAACCCUUUGGAAUGAUAUGGAUUUCUGCACAAAUUGGUCAUAAAAUGUGAUCUGAUCAUCAUCUAAGUCACAACAAUAGACAAUCACAGUCUGCUUAAACUAAUAACACACAAAGAAUGAAAUGUUGCCAUGUUUUUAUUGAACACACCAUGUAAACAUUCACAGUGCAGGUGGAAAAAGUAUGUGAACCCUUGGAUUUAAUAACUGGUUGAACCUCCUUUGGCAGCAAUAACUUCAACCAAACGUUUCCUGUAGUUGCAGAUCAGACGUGCACAACAGUCAGGAGUAAUUCUUGACCAUUCCUCUUUACAGAACUGUUUCAGUUCAGCAAUAUUCUUGGGAUGUCUGGUGUGAAUCGCUUUCUUGAGGUCAUGCCACAGCAUCUCAAUCGGGUUGAGGUCAGGACUCUGACUGGGCCACUUCAGAAGGCGUAUUUUCUUCUGUUUAAGCCAUUCUGUUGUUGAUUUACUUCUAUGCUUUGGGUCAUUGUCCUGUUGCAACACCCAUCUUCUGUUGAGCUUCAGCUGGUAGACAGAUGGCCUUAAGUUCUCCUGCAAAAUGUCUUGAUAAACUUGGGAAUUCAUUUUUCCUUCGAUGAUAGCAAUCUGUCCAGGCCCUGACGCAGCAAAGCAGCCCCAAACCAUGAUGCCCCCACCACCAUACUUCACAGUUGGGAUGAGGUUUUGAUGUUGGUGUGCUGUGCCUUUUUUUUCACCACACAUAGUGUUGUGUGUUUCUUCCAAACAACUCAACUUUGGUUUCAUCUGUCCACAGAAUAUUUUGCCAGUACUGCUGUGGAACAUCCAGGUGCUCUUGUGCAAACUGUAAACGUGCAGCAAUGUUUUGUUUGGAUAGCAGUGGCUAUCGUCUGACGGGUUCGCUUAGGGAGUUCUUUGGGGAAGGACAGGAAUAGACCCAUGUCUAUGGUGAUAGGCCUGGUAAUAUUUGUGACAAAUUUAAGGAUUUAAUUCGCUACAUCCCAUAAUGGUUGUAGGAUCUUACAGCCCGCCCAUAUGUGUGUCAUGUGCCCAUCUCCCUCUCCACAUCUCCAAUAGCCCCCUGGCACAUUCGGGAAUAUUUUGUGGAAUCUGUUAGGUGUCAAAUACCAUCUAUAGAUUAGUUUUCUGUGUGCCUCCAUAUGUGAGUGGCGUUUGUGACCCCCUUUAGGGGAUUGAUAGAGGAGAUCCAUUCCGCAUCUGAUCUUGUGCUGUUUGUCUCUGUGGCCUAUUCAUUUGUGAAGGGAAGUGGUUUGCGAUGGGAUCUGAGAAUUAUGGUUUUAUAGCAGGUUGACAAUACUUUGGAGUCUACGUGUGUCGGUAGAACAUUUUUGAUUUGAUAAUAAGGAAAUAUAAAAUAGUUUGGUAGCUUAUGGGCUUUUUGUAGCUAUGAGAAGACUGUAACGCCUGUAUUGGUUAUUAUGUGUUCAAUAGAAGAGAUACGCACUUUGUUCCAGGUGUGUAUUGUCAACCACCGGCUUAUUGCUCUUAAAGCCGCGAGUGGGGUAUAUGGGUGGAAUUUGAGAUGGGCGCCAUGGGUGCAUUGAAAUAAGUCCAGUGGUGUAUUGUCAAUAGCAGGGUUGGAAAAAAGUGCUGUGUAGUUGGGCGCAGUGCUUUGGAUGUCCACAGGGCUUUUUUGAUUGUACCUCUCGUGCCCCUCUCGUUUUCCAUGUCUGCCCAUUGGUGCUUUUGGUUGGGGGCAUGUAGUCGUAUGGUCGAUACUAAAUGUGCAGCUUUGUAAUAUGCAUCAAUGUUGGGAAGACAUGUCCCCCCCCUCUGAGGUGUUUCUUUGUAAGAGGUGCAUGGGAAGUCUGUGUUUGCGAGAUUCCCACAAAAAGGUGGAAAACAAGGUUUGUACGUGUUUAGAAAAGGAAAGAGAGUCUCGAAUUAGUAGCAUGCGGAAUACAUAAGAGAUCUUUGGGAGUAGUACCAUCUUAAUUGUGUUUGUUUUACCUAGCCACGAAAGCUUAACUGACAUUUAAGAAGUUCCUGCCUACAGAUCGUGAGCAGUGGUUUGAAAUUAUAUGCAUACAUCUCAUCCAUAGUAGGUGCUAAAUUGAUCCCUAGAUACGGGAUGUGUUUGUCCCUCCAAUCGAAGUUAUAGGUGUGUUUUAGGGAACUUAUUGUAUGUGCCUGGAUACCUAUUGGAAGUACUUGUUUUAUAGCCUGAUUUAAUUUGUAGUAAGAGAUAGAUCCAUAGGUCUCCAAGAGGGUUAAUAUCGUCGGUAAGGAUGUUUCAAUGUUACUUAUUGUUAGCAGAAUAUCAUCCGCUAAUAAGGAGAGUUUGUAUUCUUUGUUCCCUAUAGUGAUACCUGUAAUUAGUGAUCUAAUCUUGUGUGCUAAAGGUUCUAGUGAUAAGAUGAACAGAAGAGGUGAUAGUGGACAGCUCUGUCUGGUGCUGUUGGUUAUGGUGAAUGGUAUAGACAAGAAUCCUGCGUUGGCAACUGGGUCAGAUGGGUCAUUGCACAGGCCCAUGGUGCCGGCAAUAAAAGAUGGGGGGAAGUCAAAGGACAGUAGCACUUGUUCAAUGUAUUUCCAAUUUAAUCUAGUAAAGGCCUUCUCCACAUCAAGUGCUAGGAGAAGACCCUCGCUGUUUCCUGAGAUAAUGUGUGAUAAGAUAUUAACUAUUUUUCUGGUGUUGUUCAAACCUUGCCUGCUUUUCACAAAUCCAGAUUGGUCAUUAUGAGUGCGUUUUGGGAGAAGAGUGGACAGACGGUUAGCCAGGAUUUUAGCAUAGAGUUUAACAUCAUUAUUUCGCAAAGAGAUGGGUCAGAAAUUUUGACAUUGGGUAGGAGGUUUACCCGGCUUUGGUAGGGUGGGGAUAUGAGCUCCACGCAUAUCACUCUGGAGUUUUCCUUUAUUGAAGCAUAUAUUGAACAAGGUAGUUAGGUGAGGUGCGAGAACAUCAACGUAUGUCUGAUAGUAUAGGUUGGUGAAGCCAUCCGUCCCCGGGGCUUUGUGUUUGGGCAUAUGUUUAAUUGUUUGCAUUAUUUCAAGAGUGUCGAAGGGUUGAGAUAUGGAGUCUGUCUGUCUGGUUGAGUUUGGGCAGUUUUAUGUCCGAGAGGAAAGUUUGUAUGGAGUGAUUGCUAUACGGCGUGAUGUGUUGGUCGUCAAAUUGUAGAUUUCCCUAUAAUAAGGUGCAAAUUGAUUGACUAUCUCUUGUGGGUUUAAGAUCUUACCACCUGUUUUUGUGCAUAGAUAUGUGAUUUUGUCAUUUCUCAUGCGUGUCUUAAGUUGUGAUGCCAGAGGUACUCUUGCUCUAUUUCCCUGUGCAAAGAAAUGAUGUUUAUAUUGUCCAAGGAGGUACAUUGUUUUUUCUAAUUCCAUGUCCCUAAGUUUGGCUUGUAAUGCUAGUAAUCGCAUUUUUAGCGCGUCAUUGGGUGCCGUCUUGUUCUUAUGCGUCAAAUUUGUUAAUUCCUGAAUUAAUGUAGUGUAUUGUUGAGCUCUUAGUUUUUUGGCGUAGCUCGCAUGUUUGAUGAACAGGCCUUGAAUUACCGCAUUGUGUGCCUGCUAAAUAUUUUCUAUGCUCGUGUCGGGUGUAUUGUCGAGGUUGAAAUAUUUGGUAAGUUCCUUAACAAUCUCUGAUGUUAUGUCAGGGUUUCUGAGUAACAUGAUGUUUAUUUUCCAUGUGUCUUUGCCAGCAUUUGUGAAGUGUUUGUGUAGGGACAAUAUUACCGGGGGGUGAUCCGACUAGGAGAGUAGUCCUAUUCUGGUUUCGUGUAUUUUGUGUAUGUUUGCAGAGGGAGUAAGAAACCUGUCAAUCCUAGUGUAGGUGUUGUGGAUAUGCCAGUAGAAUGUGUAAUCCCUUUCUGUGGGGUGGAAGAUUCUCCACGGGUCUAUAAAUUCCUGUUGUAGUAUGUGUUUGCAGGUUUUGUGAGUAACAUUUUUUUAAUGUUUAUUUAAGGUUUAUGAGUACUAUUGGAUAGAUGUUUUUUUUUAACUCUUUUGUUAUCAGUUUAUCAAUAUAUAUUUAUGUGCAGAGAUCUACAAAGUGGAUGUGGAGUAUUUUUUUUUUUCUUUCUAUUACCUAACAAAUAAUUUAGUCUAUAUGUUAGCAUUAAAAAAGGACUUGUGUAUACCUACCAUUAUUGAGGAAAAUGUUUUAUCAUCUAUAUGUAAAAUGUAAAGGUUUUGCUACUAUUAUUUGACAUAAACAUAAAUAGAAAUUAGCAGAUAUUUGAUUAUGUGUUUUGAAUAUUAUUGAGAAAAGACGAUAUACACCAAAUUAUAACACUUCAAAUCCUGUAAAAAAAAAAUAAUUGUAGUAGCUUCUUCAAUUGUGUGUGUGUGUAUGUGUGUGUGUAUGUAUGUAUAUAUAUAUAUAUAUAUAUAUAUCUAUCUAUCUGUGUUUGCAUAAAAUAGUAGCAAAAUACAAUCUCAGACAUUCCAGGUGAUGUUGGAAUGUAAUAUUUUUAAGUAAAUAAUAAUUCUUUAUUUGAGUAGAAACAUCAUGACAAAAUGUGUGUUAUGGGUAUAUAAUGCCAUUGUUUGGCAAGUUUACUACAAAUGGACCAAGCACGCUCCUGUUAAAAUAGUAACAGUGUGUUGUAUCCCUUCUUACAGGUUGUGCAGAGGGGAGGCUGCUCUGCCCCUCUAUACUGUUUGAGGCAUUGAGCACAGAUGGAUGGUGGACCAAUGAAAAAUCACCAUUGGUCCAAGCCGUCCAUUAAAACCACUGUAGAGGAGCCAGCUAUGAUAGCUGCCUUUCACUGACAGUCAUAGGAAGGACGCAUGUCUUAACACACAGGCCAAUCUGCCAACAAACAGUAGCAUUGUCUAUUUUACACAUUAAUGCUUUAAUUUUUUUGAAUUUUUUUGAAUUUUUCAUAUAUCAUGAGUAUCAGUAGAAAGUUAAUUGAAUAACGUGCAAGUAACCCAUUGUUCCUCACAGUCAAUAUAAAUGUAAAAUGAGGGUUUAAUAAUAAUGUUGAAAUGGUUUCCCGAGAUCUCUUUCAAUUUAUAAUAGCAUAAAUGUGGUUAAUGAAAAUUCCUGGGCAUAAAUGUACAAAUAAGGAAGGUGAGGAUUAAAUUUUCACAGAAGUCAUAAAUGCUACAUUUUAUCCAUGUAAAAACAACAAUUUAUCAUCUUAUGACUUUAGUGCUUGUAUUUCUCCAAAGGUUAUCUUUGCUUUUGGGGAUGUCACCUUAAUUUUGACACUUAUUGUGUGCAUUUGCUUAUGUCAGUCAAACUAAAUUUAAUCUUAUUAUAAACUUUACUCAAAUGUCUCCAAUGCUCAUACCUAUGUUUGUUAGUUAAUUUAAUUAUAUUGUUAUUACAUUGUUAUUUAAAUAAAUGUGUUAAAGGGAGAACUGUCACCUCUAGAAUCUACAACAUUGAAUAAAACAUUGAAAAUUACCCAUAACUCACGUUAAACUUAUUUUUCCAUUUACUUUUAAAUUUAUAUUAAAGCUUUAGCAAAUUACUUUAUAAUCCAGUUCAUAGUACAAGGCAAAGCCAGUACAAAAAUUACAAAUGAAAAGAAGUAGACGCGCAAUUUGUUUCAGUCCGAAUGUGAAUUCGGACAAAUUUCGGGCAAUUCGGACAUUCUGAUGCUUCCGAAUGACCAAACUGCCAAAUUGCUGAAGUCCCGAAUUUCGGAAGUGCCGAACCUAAUUUCGGAUGUGCUGAACCGAACCGAAUGGCCGAAGUGCCGAAUUGCUUUGGAUUUCUGAAAAGUGGCAAAAAAAAGAGGGAGGGAUAAUUAUGUGAAUGAUGACAGGGUUAGGGUAGGGUUGAGUUAGAGUUAGAGUAGGGUUGGGUUAGGGUAGGGUUAAGUUAGGGUUAGGGGUAGCAGUAUGGUUAGGGUUGGGUUGGUGUUGGGUAGGGUAGGGUUAAGGUAGGGUUAAGGUUAAAGUAGGGUUAGGGUAGGGUAGGGAUAGGGUUAGGAAGUCCUACAGAUUUUCCGAAUUGCCAAAGUCCUGAAUUUCUGAAGUGCCGUAGUCCCGAAUUGCUGACGGGACACAUUUUUUUUCUUACUCGAAUUUCCGAACCAAAUUUUUGGAUCACGCACAUCCCUAAAAAGAAGAAAUAUAAACAAUAUUGUUUAAUUUGUUUCUCCUCUCUGUAUGAAUUCUCUAUGCAGAAUGCCAAGUGCAAAGGGCAGAGCUAAUAACCAUGAUUGACACGAAACAGGGAGCCAAAAAAGAGAUGUAUGUUUGUACAAUUAAUUUUAUUGUUCAUACCUAACAAAUACAUGUUUUGUUGUUUUUUUGCCAAUCAUCUCUUUUUAAUUGAGGCAUAAGCAUAACCGACAAAUGUUUUUUUUUAUUUUUACAUAAAGAGUAUGAUACAGCAUGGAUAUAUUCGGUAGGCCAUUGCAUUCAGUAAAACAGCUGGUACAGCACUUAGUAGUUGGGUGAUGCAAAGCUGCAAUAGUCACAAGAAGGUUUUAAGGCUCGUUUUAUGUUAAAUGAUAGGGUAACAUGCAUAGAACAUCUGCACAGUGUCAUCGACAAUUAACUAAUAGUGUUGUAUUGGCCAAAAAGUAACCACCAACCCCUUAGUAAGUGAGCUGGGAGUAUACAAAUACUAAGUGCAGUGUUAAACAAGAUAGGCACAGUGCCAGCAUGAGGGAUAGUACCACAGAAAAAACAGGCUGGCAGUAUAAUCAGUUGACAAGAGAUACAGUUAGUUGCAAAUGAGGGAAACUGUGCAAGCAAAUAGUAAUGAGUGAACCACAAGAGAAUGAGAAAGAGAGACAAGACCUAAGUAAAAUAUAGAUGUACAGCCAGGAGUCACCCACUAUCAUAGGCAGGUCAGUGCAGCUCUCUAAUUAAAUAAAUGCAACAUAAUAAAAAAAAGUGGUUAACUAAGGAGCUGACUAAUAUAUGGCAGUGCUGCUCAAUAACACUCAAUACCAUCUGUUCAGCCUACUCUUACAUCGGGGAUGUCUAGCAUGUGGAGGGUUCGGGUCAUGUUGAUGUACCAAAAAUGAUGCAUGGCAUCCCUUCUGCACUAGGUCAGGUCAUAGGCCUGCAUCUGUAUGUCAUAGACUUGAGGGUAAUAGUCCAAGUCUAUCAUCCUAAUGUUUGUACAAUUCAUAUACAACAUUAGGCAUAUAUCAGCCUAGAUCUCUAAAUGGCCUGAACGGCACAUUGUUAUAACUGGAUAGAUAUUAGCCUUUAUACGUAUUUCUUGAACUUUACAUUAUACUAACUAGUCAGCAUUUUUAUUUUAUACUAUUGCAGUGCCAUGAAAAGUGCAUUAAGGCCUUUGUACAUAUGGGGAGAGCUUAUCUGGGACUGAAAGACUACAAAAAGGUAAGUACUGGCUUAGCUACAUUAACGGUAUCUUAACUCUUCCCAUUUAAUAGCAUUGGGUUGUACUGCAAAAUAUAGUAGGCAUUUGAAAAAAUGUCCGCAGUUUGUGUUUAAGUUUUAAUCUUCUAUAUUCUUUCAGCAGCCCCUCAGUAAGUAGAUACACUACUUUGAAUGUACGUUAGAUCUUUAAUAUAUAUAUAUAUAUAUAUAUAUAUAUAUAUAUAUAUAUAUAUACAAAAACAUAAGUCCUGCCUCACUCCCAUCACUACUGAGCUGGCAGCAAUGACUACAGUACACAUCACACCCAAUAUAUAGUAAAAACCAAAGAAAAGAAAAAGUUACCUGCGCUCUCUCCUUAAUCCCUAUGUAUAUUUAGACAAAUGGAGGUCAUUUAGUUGCUCCAAUGGCCGUUGGAGGGAAUACCCUUCAGCCUGCUUCCUUGAGCUUCUGGAAAAGAUAUCUCUAAUGAGACAGAGAGGGGUAUUUUUUAUAUACACCCCUAUAUACUUAUUAACCCUUAAUAGGGAACUCAUGGGAUGGGAGGCAGCAUUGUAACAAGGCUGUAUGAUACAAAGUAAAUACAAAUACAAAAAAAUGACCUCCAUUUGUCUAUAUAUACAUAGGGUUUAAGGAGAGAGCGCAGGUAACAUUUUCUUUUCUUUGGUUUUUGGUUAGGGCUGAUGUGUACUGUAGUCAUUGCUGCCGGCCCAGUAAUGAUUGGAGUGAGCGCAGGACUUAUCGUUAUGUAUUUGUAUUUACUUUGUAUCACACAGCCUUGUUACAAUGCUGCCGCCCAUCCCAUGAGUUCCCUAUUAGGAGUUAAUGAGUAUAUAGGGGUGUAUAUAAAAAAUACCCCUCUCUGUUUCAUUAGAAAUAUCUUUGCCAGAAGCUCAAGGAAGCAGGCUGAAGGGUCAGUGUAGGACCCGCUUUAUGGGGGUCUGCCUUGACGUUGGAAGACGGGCAUUCCCUCCAAUGGCCAUUGGAGCAACUAAAUGACCUCCAUUUGUCUAAAUAUACAUAGGGAUUAAGGAGAGAGUGCAGGUAACUUUUUCUUUUCUUUGGUUUUUAAUAUGUGUGUGUAUAUAUAUAUAUAUCAGAAAGUCCUUACUAGUCUAUGGCUUGCAAUUUACAGAAUGAAUAAAAGUCGUUUAGUCGAUGCUUCAGUCCCUGCUCAGGACUUUCCUCUGGACCAUUAAUGGUCAACUAAACCGUUUUCCACACAGUAUUUGGAAUCUUUCUAACAUGAAGCAAUAAAGAAUCUACAGUUCAGAAGUCCGUGAGCGCAGCUAUAUUUUUUUAUUAAUUUUAUAUAUAUAUAUAUAUAUAUAUAUAUAUAUAUAUACAGAAUUAAUAUAUAUAUAGGAUUUCUUAAAGGAAUACUCAAACACCAUAACCACUACUGCUCUCUAUAGUUGUUGGUUGGUUUAGAACAAUCACUGGCUGAGAUCUUCUGGAUCUCCGGCAUUUGUCUUGCAGGUGGGUAGAAGAACCCAGUGUAUCCCAGGUGAGAUGACUUACUUACUAGUACUACUACUUGCUGAAUACUCACAAAGGUGUGGGGUGGGGGAUGCCAGGGCACUCCUGACACCAUAACCACUGCAGCAUGAAGUAAUGGUUAUGGUGCCUGGAGUGUUCCUUUAAUGAAAAAUGUGUAAACAUCAGCAGUUUUGAUGAGUUUAUCUUCAAAGUAAGCCAUAUUACUUAUUAUUUCUAAUAAAUACACAGAAUGCUUUUAUUGCUUGUUGAUCUUUCAAAUUCAGGGUUCAAUUUUACAUUGUUUGGGCGGCAUGCACCGCUUAAUAUGAAUAAGGACAUUUAAAUUCAUUUUCACAACACUGUUCUGUCCAGUGGACUGCAAAAGACCAAGAAAAUGACUUAAUAGCAUCUUUAAAUUGAGUUAUUUUCCCCAGACCCUUGCAGCCCAAUGUACUGUGAAAUUGUUUUAAUUUAAAGGUUAUAAUCUCUAUUUAACUGCUUGUACUUCUCAAACUGCAAUAAAAAAAAUGCAAUAAAAAACAACUUAAUUUUAAUGUUGUGUAGUGCCCUGUAUACAUUUAAAAACUCACUGUUGAAAGGUCACGUUGUACAUGACAGUCUUGCUUAUAGCUUAGCAGUAAUUAUCCUGCUAGUAACAAUGGAAUCAUUUAGAACAACACUGAAAAGGGAGAGAUUAUGGUAAGGUUCAGUUGGAGGUAGGUUGGUUUAAGGGUCUGUAGCAUUAGGAGAAGUAGGGGGUAGGGGGCAGGAAGUAGUAGUAGAUUUAGGAUUAACUGGUGUUUUUGGUUAAGGUAACAAGGUUAUUAAGGUAGAUUUAGGGGUUGGGGUACAUGCCUUCAAGAUGUUGUGGACUGUAAAUCCCAUAAUUUUUCAUUACUCAUGCAGUUAACAGACUAGGGCAGUCAAUCUUCGGCACUCCUGGUGUUGUGGACUACAUCUCCUAUAAUGCUCUUACAGCCACAAUGCUGACAAAGCAUUGAGGAAGAUGCAGUCCACAUCAUCUGAAGUGGCGAAGGUUGCCUACAUCUGUACUAGAAAGUAUGGGAAGCAGAUUGGCAGCAACUGUGUUGGGACAUAGGAAGUCAGCUAGUGUAACAGUGAGGUUUACAGUGAGCUUGGAUGGGACCAAUUUAGCAUAGCCAAAAAGGAUCUGGAAAUAAGAACCCCCACCUGUAAUGAACAGAACCACCAGAAAAAAAACUGUUAAACUACAAUACAACAAACUAUCACUCUUACCAAAAACCCAGCAAUUUUUAUUGAGAUAUACAGUAUUACUGGGGUAAAGGUAGUCAAAGAAAUUCAAUAAUGAAGGGCAGGUACACUAAAAACACAAUCAAAUAGCUUCAUCUGGCAUGAUGUUCAAUGUGCUUUAAUAAAAAAAAUAAUAAUAAUGAUUGAUAUUAUUGAGAAUAUAUACCCACCUAUACACACAAGCUGUGAUUAAAGCCUUAUACAUCUUCUCGGAAUAAAAUUCUAGUAAUUAAAAUAACAAAAACAAGCCAUGAGCAUCGUCAUGAGAAGACAAUAACACUAUAUAGCCUUUCAGCAAUGGCACUGCAUACACUUUGUUACAAAACAUUUUGUAAAUUGUGCUAAAUCUCCAGUAGCGUGUUUACAGAAGUACUCUUUUAAAUGAUUUUUAUUGUAUCAUUAUUGCAUUUUUUUUUAUUGCUUAACAUAUCUUAGAAAUGUAUCUAUUUUAUUUUUAGUGGUUUUUACUUCAGUUUUGGUCCCAUAGGAAGGAUAGUAUGAUUAUUCAGACAAGUAAAAAUGUGGCAGGCGUAUUCAUUCUCUAAAAGCCCUCUCCAUUUCAGUAUAGUGUAUACUGAUAUUUUUCCAUUAGCUCAUCUGAUAAUAUGUCAUUUUAUUUCAACAGGCUAGAAUAUUCUAUUUGAAGGUCACCGAGAUAGACCCCAGUCAGGAAAAGCUGGUGAAAGGUAAAAUAAUCAGAUUUUGAUUAAAAAAAGAAAAUAAAUAUCAUAAUCUCAGGCAUUCUUAAUCAAAUUAGAUAACACAAGUCAAAAUGUCAACAUAUGUUCAGAAUACUACUUUUUUUUUCUUUAACUGGUGACCAAAAAGAUUUUAUUGUUGUUGUCUGAUUGAAUCCCAUGCGUUCGACGCUUUAAUAGUUGCUAGGAUGAAUUGUAUUGAAGGUUUUAACAUGCAGAAAGGACUUAUUUUUUAUAAUAAAUCUUUUAGUGCUUCGUAACUGCAGCGGAAGACAUCACUUAGAAAUAAUCAGUGGUCAAUCCUUUUCUUUCCUUUCCACAAAAAAAUCUUAAAUUAAAAAAAGGAUUUUGCAGAUCAAUAGAUCAAUGUUAGCAAAGGAAACUGGAAAUCACCCACUGUACUCCAGGUAUCAUGCUCAUGUAAAGUAUCUAAGGAGGCCACACAGACACAGCUAUUAAAAAUUAGACAGGGAUUCCUAGAGCCACAUACUAAUCAGGAAAUACUGCAAGUUUGACCUUCCUUAUCAUUCCACAAACGUGUUGAAGGUUUGAGGAGAUAGUGUACAAGAUGCUCACAUCCUGUAACCACAUUCCCCAUGGAUAAAUGACCAAUAAUGUCAAUGAGCUAGGUGAUCCCCAAGUAUUUGACGCAAAUAUAUACACAGAGCAAUAGUGCAAGGGGACUUGGAAUAGUAGUGUAUAUGUAUAAGAUCAUGAGGCUUCCUAGUGGAAGAAAUAUAAAAGAUCUAGCCUGAGUUUGGCUGAGAUCAUUAUAGGGGCCCAGUCGUGCUAUUAAAAGACCACAGCGCUGACCGGGCCCCUGAGGACACAAUGCCGUUGGGUGGCCCUAAUUUUAUGAGCCACUCGAUGGCCUCUCUAGCCUGAGGGCCCACUGCCCGCGAUAAUUUCUUUUAGGAUUGGCAAAAAUAAAUGAUUGCAGGCAGGGGCAACUGAACGGCCCUGGGGCAGUUGCCCAGUUUGCCCCGCGUUAAAGACGGCCCUGGCUGUAUUAAACUACAACUUGCAUUUCCCUUGUCAGUUCCCUACAAUUCCCUGCAUAGUUAAUAAAUCUCUAUAUCCAUGCUUUUCAUACAUACAUGUGACUUAAGUCAUUGCACCUGCAUAUUUUAACUGCAUGUAAUGUAAUGGUGGUCAUGUACUUGUAGUACUCAGUAAUGUGGCUUGUCAUUGAAAAUUAAUAGAUUCAUUUUGUCAUUGUAAUGACUGCUGAGUUCUAGAUGAGGCAACCUUUAGCUCUCCAGGUGUUGUGGACCACACCCACACCUUACAGCUGGCAAAGCUGUAAAAAAUGUGAUCCACAACAGUUGGAGUGCAAACGGUUGCCUACUCCUGUUCUAAAUGUUCCACAGUCAGACAGAGCUGCUUUAAUUCCAUAUUAUAGGCAAAAGAGGUUUAAAAAAAGCCAUUCUGGACAAGAACAAAAACAUCUGAUCUGCCACUUACAAGAGUGCUGUAAAAAUAUUUUGAUUUCAAUAUUAUGUUUAGUUAUUCCUAUAUAUAACAAACAUCUAUUUGUGAGGCUUUUGAAAAAUAAAAAACAAAUGUAGAAAUUGGCACCUCAUUAUCCUGCAACUGGGUGCUGUCAAUCAUUGUUAAGCUCUGUCCUUCGCAACAAGCAUUUCGUACUAAUAAAGCAUACAGAGAAGACAAGAAAUGAAGCAAUGUUUCUGUUUCUACUGCUCAUUUACAAUGUGUGUUGUGCCUUUGACUUACUUCAAAUGAAUUAUGAUAUAAUCAUAAAAAAUGGUUUCCGCAAGUGAUUUUUGUUGUGUUAUGUAAAUUGUAAUGUAAAUUCCAGAUAAGUGAUAGUCCCCCUUUAAAUUACUUUGCAGAACUGAACAUCGCCAUAUGUGGGUGAUUUAAACCUGUUGCAAAUUUUUUUUAUACAGUUUGAAAUUGCCAAAAAAAAGGCAUAAACAAAUUACACAAAAGUAAGAUUAAAAAGAAAUAUGCAUGCAGGCGCCUGAAUAUCUAUUUUUCUUUUCCAUAUAACAUUAUAUUUCAUGUAGUCUGCCUCCCUUUUUAAUAAAGCUCUUAAUGCAUUUUGACGUUAUUAUUUUGAGAUAUGCCUUAGAGAUUUACUUCUCCAGUACACACAACACUUUCCCUAAGGCUAUUACAUAUUGUCCAGAGCUCUGUGUGAGCUAGUGAAAACUUGGUCAGCUCAAUAUCCCAAGGAGACAGAAAUAAGGUCAGUUUCACAGCUAUGAGAAUUAAAGCCAAACUGAAACUGAAUAAAUCCUUUCUUCCUGCAGUUAGAAAAUGCUAAGACUUUUUUCGUGCCAGAAACUUAUAUUGGAUAAUAUUAAAUCUAUAAUGCAAUGCCAAGACAUAGAACAGAACAAAAAAGCAUUAAGAAUACAAAUGUGUUUUCCUAACACUAUAGUGUCCUAGUCUCUAGAUUCAGCUCCCCCACAAUUAACAUGCAAACAAAUAGGAGAAGAAAGUAAAGAAGUAAGACCUACAUUUCUGCUUCUUUACAUCGCGUUUCGCCUAGAAGGCUUUUUAAAAUAUCUUUGACUCUUACCACGUAGACCACCUGGUAUAAAAAUUCUAUGCUUUUUGCAUCUAUUCUAUGUGUUUAUGCUCACAUAUUACUUAUGAGAUGUUCCAUCAGUCUAUGGUCGGGAUCUUACCUACUCAUGUUGCAUGCUCCGCAUGUAUAUACUACCGCCAGUUCCUUAGCAAGGAAAAUAUCGCUACAUGCUGUUGGUCAUCCAGUAAACUUACCCUUCACUAUAAACUAUUCCAGUAAUUUACUUUUUUUCAUGUACAUGAAAUACAUUAUACCUUUAUCUCUUGUGUCACUUUAUCCCACUCACUCUAGAAUGUAAGCUCAUUUGAAAAGGUCCUUCGACACGCUCUGUUCCUCUGCGUCCAGCUCGUCUUUUUGCAAUUACAUGUCUAUUAGUACAUCUAUUGUUAUCACUGUGGAAUUUAUUGGAGCUUACUAAAUAAUAAUAAUAGUAAUAAUAUGGAAACAUUACACUAUCUGAGGCCUAGUCUGUGUUUAUUCUCAUUCUGUAUUGUGACCGUUUAAGGACAACUGGUUGUCACCGAAAAUUGUCCAUCACUCAAGAAGUCUCUACCCAUAAGAACCUAUUCUGGACUAUUGUAAUAAGGCAAAAUCUACCAUAUUUCUGGACUUUUCCCCACUUUAUAUAUAUUUACUUUACAGAUGUAAAAAACAGAUAAAAUUUGUAUCUUGUAAUACCUUUUUUAUUGGACUAACAGAAUUUUUUAAUGACAAGCUUUCGGGAGAAUUUACCUUUCUCAAGUCUGAAGCAUUUCUGAGCAAGACAACACCUAGAAUUCAAAGUUGAGUUGUGAUACAUAGGUUAAAGCGACAUGAGUGCAGAUAAGACAGGUUUGAUAGAGAAUAUACACCAUUCUUGCAGAGAGGGUCACAAAUAUCUUAUGAGUAGAUCAAAGAGUGAGGGGGGAGAGAGAGAAAAAAACAAGCAAACAGUGCAGAAGAUGGUGUUAGAAGGGGGUGAGUAUUAAUACACAGACACACGUACACAUUCACAGUCAUGUACAUAUACAUAUACACAAGUAGAGGAUAUGUACAAGUAUACACAAGAACAUACACGCUAUACACAAGUACAUACACUAUACAUAUAAAUACAACCAAAUGCCAAAAUAUAUGUACAUACUACACACAUCCAUACACAUCCAUCCACACACAAGCACCAAUACAUGUACCUAAACAUAUACUAAUGUGCCUGCACAUACAUAGUCCCAUAUAUAUAUAUAUAUGUAUAUGAACACAUACCUAUUCACAUAUUGUGACGAGACCAAUCUCGCCACUGUGCAUUGGCAGGAGCCUGGUUGCCCGCCUGCUGCCUUUAGUCUAUGGCCCCAUGUUGAAACGCUUGAUUUUCCCCUGCGAAGAGACGAAAGCCGGGUCAUUCGGUACUUGCCCUAUUUGAAUAGUGAUACCCCAGAUAGCUAUGCCAUGGAGCCCAUAUAAUAUAACGAAAGACUAUGUGAAAGACUUUGGCUCCUUGGCAAUUGAACUGUAUGUAUGAGAUCUGAGCGCCAUUCAGUAAUAAUAUGCGCUCAGAUCUAAGCUAUCUGGGGAUAUGUUGAAUGUACCUGUUUUAUGCAAUAGCUGCACAGUUAUAUAUUUUUAUGUAUUUUAUUGUAUUUUGCUACCAUGUGUUCAACUGAGUUUUGCCUCUGUCCUUGGAGAUAAUUGGAUUACUUCCCAAUUAUCUCCAGGAUAGAAGACUCUGUGGGACUGGUUUUGGGCAGAAAAGACAUGCUUCAUUUGGUCACAAAGGACUUCGAUCCAUCUUUUGAACCAAUGGACCAAUUUGGAUGAUUUUGACAUAUGUUUGUAUUUGGAGUAUGCUGAUUCUGAAAAUGUGAAUGUGAUGUAUACUUUUAAAGUUAUGAAUAAUGUGGAAAAACUGUAUUUCUCUGACUAGGAUAAUUACAUUAACCCAUUGUGUAAGGUAAUUUUAUCACAGGCAGAGGGGAGGAUUUUGUGUGGGAGUGUCUGAGUGUAUUGUACGUGUUUAUUGGGUGUUUUCCAAAAUCCUGUGGGUGGUACUAAUGUGUAAGAAUGUGUAUAUAAGAACAAUAAACCCACAGCUCUGUCUGUUCGUGUUUUGACCCUCAACACGGAGCCUUGUCUUGUUCUUGGGGGGAUUUAUUGUAUGCUGUUCCAGUUCAACUGCUAGGAGUGUAAACCUUUCGUAUGGUUUUUCCUAUUCGACUGUUUCGGUUUCCGGUUCGGUGGAUUGGUGUCUUUGGUAGCUGCCUGUGUAUCUGGAAGGGGAAUAUCCUCUAAACGGCGGUUUAACCCCUUAAUGCCUGGGGGUGCCGUUACACAUAUGCAUACAUGUAUUCAUAGUAAGAAUAUAUUCUGCUUGAAAAAGCAGCAGUAGGGAUCCAGGAGCUUCUAUGUAUGUAUUACAUGUAUUCAUGUAUAUAUACACUUUUUACAUACACACAUACAAAUACAUACAUGUAUACGCAUACACAUAAAUACAUGAACACAUAUACAUAUACAUACACACAAACACAUAUACUUGUAUAUAUUUAUAUCUAGUUAGGCACAGUGCAAUCUGCAUAUCUUUAUUACUACUAGGCGCAACCUGUUCCUUGUCUCUUAAAAAAGCCUGUAGAGGUGUGUUUAACCCUGCAAUGUAAGUAUUGCAGUUUCUACAAACCCGUUGUCCUUUAUGUUGCAUUUUACGUCGCAGAGUUAAAACGCCAGGGUCACUUCACUCAGACCACUUCAUUAAGAGGAAGUUGUCUGGAUGACUUUAGUGACCCUUUAAGUGAUGCUUCUUGGAUUGUUAGUGGGCAGCAAAAAACUAAUUUCAGCCAUACUUGGCUAGAACUGAGGAUUGUAGUCCAGUAAGAGUGGGUUGAAAUUAAAUAUUUGUGCAUUGUAUUCUUUGGAAAUUACAUUUCAGAAGUUUGGAAGUUGUUUUGCAUUCAUUUUGGUAAUUUUCUUUUCUUUCUUCUAUGUUUUUGAUCACAUGUAUUUACUUUUAAAGGAUCGCUAUAGUGCCAGGAAAACAUACUCGUUUUCCUGGCACUAUAGUGCCUUGAGGGUGCCCCCACCCUCAGGGUCCCAGUCCCAUGGCACUUACCUUUUUUCCAGCGCCGGGCUCCCUCGGCACUGGGACUCUCCUCCCUCUUCUUCCGUCACCGGCUGAAUGCGCAUGCGCGGCAAGAGCCGCACGCGCAUUCAGCCAGUCCAUAGGAAAGCAUUAUCAAUGCUUUCCUAUGGACGCUGGCGUCUUCUCACUGUGAAAAUCACAAUGAGACAGCCACUAGAGGCUGGAUUAACUCAUUUGAAAACAUAGCAGUUUCUCUGAAACUGCUAUAUUUGCAGCAAAAAGGGUUAAACCUAGCUGGACCUGGCACCCAGACCACUUCAUUAAGCUGCAGUGGUCUGGGUGCCUAUAGUGGUCCUUUAAACAAUAUUGCGUGGACUUUAAAUCAUUUGACCCAUUCAGGUAAAUACCCUGUAUUGUCUUUGUACACAUGUUGAAUAUAUUAAACGUGUAUCUUUAUAAAAGACAAGACACGUAGAACAAACUGAUAACAAUGCAAUACGUGUCCCCGUUGUUUUACUUGUAUUAAUGAGCCUUCUUAUACAGGUUAUCUGGAUAAGGUUGACUCCCAGGAGAGAAAACACAAUCAGGAACAAAAAGCUCUAAGGGAAUGUGAGGCUGGGAAGGAAAGUGCGCUAACUGUAGCUCAUCUAAUCCAGAAACUUUCUCGAGAAGAUAACAUUCCGCUCUAUUAUUCUGGAGGCAUCAAACUACUGAUUGAAGUAGUCAUGGACUGUGAGUGUUUCUUUUCAGUUGUUAUUUUCCAAAUAGUUCCAGAUGAAAAGAAUAGAAUUGGAAAACAAAAAAAAUUGCAUAAAAUGGAUAAUCUUGUGGCAUUUUGUCACUUAUUUCUGUAUUAUACAUAAAGUACAUUUCAGUUAUCCCUAGAAAACUUAUAAUUUGGUGCCGUUGGUCAACUUUCUCUAGUUCCUGUCCACCCUGCUGCAAGAUAUUUGUUAAUAGUUACAAAAAAAAAAAAAAAUAGGCAUAUACAGUGUUUUAUCCAAACCAAACUUCUACGAUGAACAAAAAUGAAAGGCAAUGUACCCUUAGUAGGAAAUUGCAGUUUAAACACUAAUUCUUUAUACGAGUAGUCAUAGGUAUUUUCCGUGUUUUGUCUUUUUUUUUUUUUUACUUUAGCUCAGGGAUUAAAAAAACAAACUAACAAACAUUGCUGUGUGUGCCUACAUUUAUUGAGGAUUUCAUUUACGACUAUAAAUAUAUACCUGUUCUGUAAUGGGUUUCUAAAAUGGCCGUGAUAGUCAUAAAUUAUACAUUUUCUGCAUGUAUUGCACCUUUUGCACUAAGAAGAUUUCAGAUUUUCUCCUAAAUAUGCAUUUCUAAUUGUUUUCUUCAAGUCUAUAUUCCUCCAGCUUGCUUUAAUUUGCACUCACAGACAUUCUUAUUUAAAAAUCCUUUCUAUUGUACUUUCUAGACAUGUUCUAGUCUCCCCUCCCCUCCCUUUCCUUUCUUUCUAUUGUAAACUCAGUUAUAUGCUUUAAUGCACUUUCACUGGAUUCAUCAAAGAGGAAAUGUUAUCUAAAUUAUAAAAUAAAAAUAUGUUGUUUUUCCAGGUACAGGGCAGACGUUAUUCCGAAUGAAUAAUGGAUUUGAUAUAAUUGGAAAUAACAAAGUUAUAAACCGGUAUGAAUAGCUUUACUUGUUGUUUGUAGUUUUUAGUAUUAACACGUUAUCAUUUUUUUUAAUGACUUUUAAAAGGUAAAUUAACAUAUGCAUGUUUAGAAUGUCAUAGUAAUUGGCCCAUACUGGUUGAAGGAUUUUUCUAUCUCUUUUGUGAUUUGAGCCAGAACGCUCAUAUAAAUAUUAGUGCACUGUUGUACCAAAAAACAAAUAUAUAUAUAUAUAAUAUACAUUGACUUGUAUACAACUCUUGUUUGUAUUGGGAAACAUGGUAUUUUGUGAGUUACCCAUAGAAUGAAUUCAUCUGAAUUAAGUCUCUACUAAUUUUAUUGGAGACUAAUUUCCGAGAAAAAUUAAGUUUAUACGUGUCCUAUAAUCUAAUAGUUAUAUGCAUUCCUUGGUGUUUUGAAUAGGAGUCUGCACUCCGCAUUAGAAGAUGAUAUCCAUAAAGAUCUGUGUCUAUCUGUUCUUACCCUCUGGAAGACUGUCUGCAAUGGGAAUGGUAAAACAAAACCUGCAUUGUUUCUGUAUUCAGAUAUAUAUGUUCAGCUACAGUUGACUUAUAUCAGCAUGCAUUAUUGUGUUUUUUUUUGUAGUAUGUUUUAUUCAUUUAUGUUUUUCUAUAUUGUUGCUUUGUCAGAGUAAUUAUAAAAAUAAGAAAUGCAAUGGUUUAAAUGUGAUUGUCAAGAAAUGCUUUUUGUUGUUGGAUACAGAAGAGAACCAGUCCUUCUUCAUCAGUCGACCUAGUGUAAACAAGCAAAUCCUUACGAUGCUUUCCUCAAAGGAUCCCGAUGUUCAAAGAGAUACACUUGCCCUGCUUAGUGUUUAUACCAUGACAGAGAGAGGAAGGUCUCUUCUUCUCGAAAAUACAGAUGCUCCCAGGUAUGUUCCUUAAAUUUAAUUGAUCAUGAGAGCUUUGCUUCCAGUUUUAGAGACCUGGGAUCAUUUUCCUUGGACAUAUUUCAGAACACUUGAUUACACAGAUAUUUUGAUUAAUUAUUUUGCAAGUUGUUUGGAAAAAAUGGAUGGAUAUCUUGGUGGAUAUGGGUUGUCCAAGCAUUGGAAGUUUAAAAAACUGUAAUAACAAGGUCACAAGAAUUAAUUAAAACAGGGUUACAUGGAUGUUUGUAAAAUAAUUUCCACUGUAAAGACUAGAGGAAGCUUCAGGAUUGAGGGGAACAUUGUUUUCUAAGCCUUAGUAGAUGCACACUUUAAUUAUGUUUUAUUUGUAUUUGUGGAAUACUAGGCGUCAUGAAAUAUUCAUAAAUAAUAAUGUUAGUGUAGGUUAGAUCAUUCUGCAUGGACUAAUAAUAAUGUCAGUGUAGGUUAGAUCAUUCUGCAGGGACUAAAGAAUGAUUAAAGGACAGUAAGGAUUAAACAAUACACUGCAGAAGUAGGGCUAUUUACCGUAUCUUCCAAAUAUAUUUUCAUUCCACAGCUCUAAUUAAAUAAUAGGCCCUCCAAAGAUGUGUGUGGGAGGGAAAAAUAUGUAUAUUUACAAAGUAUUCAAGGAUGAAACAUUAAGUGUAUUUAUCACACAUCCUGAUUGAUAUUGUUAAUCAAAAAGUAAAGCUGACUCUGGAGAAUUUUUCUAAUUAAACACGUUUGACCUACAAUUUGAAAUUCGCUUUGAAUUCCCAACAAUUUGCACUUUAGUGAAUAUCCCUAUACAAACUUUGCAUUUCCUACACUAUGGGAUAAUUAUUAUAUCGUUUUGAGUGUAAUACAAAUGUUUUGUCCAAUUUUUAUCAGAUCUUUUCUGGAGGGUCAAAAGUAACUUCAGUAAUUCUAUGAUUUAAAGGAACAGUCCAAGUGCCAUAAUCGCUACAGUGCACUGUAGGCUUUCUCCUCUAAGUAGUCAAACUGUAUGACUAUCUACCUGGAGUCCACUGGAUGAUCCUAAAAACUGCAGUGCUGGGCAAACGUAUUGCAGUGAGUGCUUCUGACGUCUGGUGGAACCUGGGAAAGUUUUCAAACCAUUGGCAAAUGGUUUGCCUAGUUACCCUGGGACAGUAAUAUAUAUAUAUAUCCCACCCCUUAACAGGUACCACUGUAACAAUAUAAUUAAUGUUAUUCACUGCACCUGUCAGUGGUGUUAAUAUUGUGGCAGAUCUCUGUAAAAGUUCAACAUUAGUUUAUUGUUUUCUUGCUUAUCUUAUGUUUGUUAGACCUUGGUUAGCAGCACACACAUAUUUAUAUAUAUAUGUGUGUGUGUGUGGAUCCCUGCACUCAGGCUGUAUAAAUUGCCAGGGCUCCAAAUUAUCCAAUGUUUUGUAGUAAAAUGGCUGCACUCUCGAUCUUUAGUAAAAUCCAAUACUAAAUCCAUUUAAAAAAGAGAUGGACGUUUCAUCUUUGAUCCCUAUAGACUCUAAGGGUGUAGUGCACCCUUAUUCUUCAAACACAAAUAAAUAUAUAUAUUUAUUUUGCAGCCAACCCCCUCUUGUUUUAUAUAUAUAUAUAUAUAGACAAUAGUAGUAGACCGGCACUCGAGGAAUUUGAUCAAAAUCUUUACUGUUCAAAGAAGAAUCGACGUUUCAGUUCCUCUAGGAAGCUUUCAUCAGGACAUUUCAUCAGGACAUUUCAUAUGUCCUGAUGAAAGCUUUCUAGAGGAGCUGAAACGUCGAUUCUUCUUUGAACAGUAAAGAUUUUGAUCAAAUUCCUUGAGUGCCGGUCUACUACUAUUGUCUACAUUUAAGCUACCAGAGCACCAGGUAGAGAUUUUUUUCUUUGUUUGGAGUGCAGGGGUUUACUAUUCCUUUUGUGUAUAUAUAUAUAUAUAUAUAUAUAUGUGUGUUGUUUUUGUUCAGAAAAGCUUUAGACUUGAGAAAGGAAGGUUCUUAUGAAAGCUUGUCACUCCUAAAUUCUACUAUACCAAUAAAAAAGGUGUUACAAGAUACUAAUUUAAUCUGUUAUAUUACAUAUGUAGACAUUUAUUUAGAGAGAGAGUCUAUUUGAGCCAUCCAAUACUAUCCGUGUCUUCUGGUUUUACAAUACAUUCAAUAGCCAUGUUACUUUAGUGCAGAUACUUCAAAAGAAGAGUAUCAAUUUAUUUUUAUGAGCAUAGCAGACACCAGUAAAGGAAAAUAUUACUAAUGUAGACACUCACAAAGAAAAUUCUUCCUUUGGCUUUUCAAACAAAGAGUUUACUUUAAAAGACAAACCUAAGCACAGUUGGGUUAUGAAAUAAGCAGUAGUUAGGUAAACAUCAAGCAUGAAACAGAUUGAAAAGAAACAAUAAUGAAAAAAGUAAAAGUCACCCUAAAAGGAGUUUUAAGGAUGAAAUUUCAAUUUUAUAAUAAUCUAAAGAUAUUGACAAUUAAUCUUUUUUGCUGUAAAUAAUGUUAAGAGACGUGGUUGGUCUAAGAAGAGGUUUCUAUUUAGCUACAGGCAAUAUCAACAUUUAAAUCAUAUAUAAAACUGAAUUAAAGAUCUCCUCCUGAAAAUGAAUCAUUUUGAAAUCUUUUCACACCUGACCUGCACACUUUUAAUUUAAUUUUAAGGAAAAAAUAUUCAGCAACACUUUUAAUAAGCAUAAACCCCAUUCUCUGUAUAUUGUUGUGUAUGAGGGAAAUUAAUUUUCCUGUUGAACCAUUACUGCAUCCCAAUAUUAUUAGUUCAUCUCUUGAUAGUAAAUAAAGUGACAUAAACGUUUUCUAUUUUAAAGGACCACUCUAGGCACCCAGACCACUUCAGCUUAAUGAAGUGGUCUGGGUGCCAGGUCCCUCUAGGAUUAACCCCUUUUUUUUAUAAACAUAGCAGUUUCAGAGAAACUGCUAUGUUUAUAAAUGGGUUAAUCCAGCCUCCAAAUCCUCUAGUGGCUGUCUCAUUGACAGCCGCUAGAAACUUUAUGCUUCUCACUGUAGAAAAUCGAGUGAGAACACACUAAGCGUCCAUAAAAGCAUUGUAAAUGCUUUCCUAUGAACGGCUGAAUCAGCUAGUCCUGCAGCGCAUGUGCAUUCAGCCGAAGAGGAGGAUCGGAGGAGGAGGAGAGCUCCCUGCCCGGCGCUGGAAUAAAGGUAAGUUUAACCCCUUUCCUCGCCAUCCAGCCCGGCGGGAGGGGGACCCUGAGGGUGGGGGCACCCUCAGGGCACUACAGUGCCAGGAAAACGAGUAUGUUUUCCUGGCACUAUAGUGGUCCUUUAAUAAAGAAUUAGGCUGAAGGAACACCCAGAAAAGAGGAAACCUUUGACCGCAGACCAGUCAGAGUGUCAAUGUUGAGCCCUGUCUACUGCUGAAAGUCCCUGGGAAUGUUGUCACCAACUUACCUGUUCCUGGAGCCUACGCUGCUCCCUUUUUCGGCCCGCGUCACCCAAAUGCUCCACGCGGACGUGCAGCCUGGACAAGAAAAACAUACCAUUUGGCCCAGCAAACAACUCCCUUUGCUGGUUCGCUGUAACGAGAAUAUACCCCUACACGCAGGAUCCAGCUAAACAGAGGCAAAUACAGAGGAGAGAUACGUACUCGACGUAUAUGAGAGGAGACAGAGCCAGGAACAAACCGAGGUCAAGGGCACAGAGAGACAGCGUAAACUAGGACAAGCCGGGGUCUGGUACACGGAAAACAGCAAGCCGGCAAACAGUACAGAUAAGGAUAAAGCGAAAACGAAGUCAGAAUACGAAGCCAAAGUCAAUACGAGAAAACACAACUGAACACCACAAGCGCUAAAGGGAACUGAAACAGAAACCACGAUAGGGCAACGAGCUAAGGGAAAAAGGUAAGUUUAAAUAGCUUUAAAACGAAAGUGAUUGGCUCCUGUCACUUCCACACCCCCUAUAGGUAAUUGUACAGGGAGUGUGGUAUGACAGGAGCCAAUGGGAGCCUUUUGGCAAUUAGGCUCCCACUGUCUCUUUAAGAGCGCGCCCGAGACUCGCGGCGCGCUCUUAGUUUCAGGCGGGACACGUGACCGCCUCACGCGGUCACUGCCCGCCUUCCAUCCAAAGCAGUUGGAUGAGCCGCGCGCGGCUCGUGCAGCCGCAGGACCGCGCGCGGCUUGAAGAGAGGACCGCGACCGGCCCCCGGUUAAGGUAAGUAACGCUACAUUCGCGCUGAGAAAAAUCCUGUUCGCUGUAUUUUUCCCUGCAUUUUAUCAGAAUCUACCCAUUAAUGGUGCUUCUUUAAUAAUUCAAAACAUAGGAUGUUACGCUUGACCUUAAAGUGACCACAUCAUCUAGGCGACCAGAUUACCUGGACUAUAGAACAAUGGAAGAAACCUAGUCUGAUGAAUAAUGUUUCCUUUUAGAUCAGGUUAAUGGCCAGGUGUGUGUGCAUCAUUUACCUGUGGAAGAGAUGGCAGCAGGGUGCACUAUGGGAAGAAGGCUAAAACUGUUCAGGGAUGGUUUGAGGAACAAAGCGUUCAAGGUGAUGUCUUGGCCUCCGAAUUGUCCAGAUCUCAAUCCAAUUGAGCAUCUGUGGGAUGUGCUGGAAUAACAAAUAUGAUCUAUGUAGGCCCCACCUUGCAACUUGCAGAAAUUAAAGGAUCUGCUGCUGACUUCCUGGUGCCAAAUACCACAGAACACAUUCUGAUGUGUGUCAGAGCUUUAUUGGCAGAUAAUAUGAUACAUGACAUUAGGCAGGUUGUUUUAAUGUUGUGGCUAAUCAGAGUAUAUGUGCAACAAUGUGUAUGUAUAUAUGUGUAUAUAUGUGUAAAAGAGUGUGUGUAUGUUGGCAGUGGUGCCGCAAGGCCCAUCAGGUAAUUGUUAGAUCAGGGGACUGGUUGCCUUAAAUAGUGGAUCGCACCUGGCCCCUGUCACAGCAUUGUCACCCGCCUCCCCUCCUGCAACUCCCAGCUGUGCAAUGAGGCAGGAGCAGACAAACACACAAAGGAGGGGGAGGAAAGCUUAAAGAAAUAUUGCUAAAACCAUGCUAAUAUUUAUAUGCAUUUGUGCCUGUGUGCCUAUGUGUCUGUGUGUGUUUGUAUGUUUAAAAAUGUCAGUAUGUAACUGAGUGUGUCUGCAUAUCUGUUUCAGUGUGUGUAUCUGUGUGUGUCAGUGCAUACAUCCCAGCAUUCAAAUACCAACACUGAACACAAAUACUCCCCAGGAUUCAAACACCAACAAUGCACAGAAACACAACUCUGCAUUGAAAUAUCAACAUUGCACACAAAUACAUCCCUACAUUGAAACAUGCAAACAAAUUAUUGAAUUCAAAUGCCAUUACUACAAACACACCACUGCAUUCAAACACACACACUACACGCAAAUACACUUUUUUUUUAUAGUUGUAAGAAAGUAAUAAAUUACAUAUAUGACAUUAUGUGAAACUGUUCUUUGUGUCUGCUCUUUUUUCUAUGUUCUUGUGUGUAUAUAAAUCUUAUGCAUUCGGCCCUCCAUACCUAUUUCAGUGGACAAUUUGACCCUCCAGAACAAAUUAGUUUGACACCCCUGUGCUAAGGAAUACAUCAAAGAACAGAAAAUAACGGCGUGUGAGAAUACAUGUUUUAUAAACUUGGAAACAGCAAGUCCCAAUAGAGAACUUUGUACUGAAACUGGCACAAGUAUAAAAAGAGCUUUGUUCCACGAUACAAACUGGAUUGAAUCCUCUAUGCAGACAGACAGAUCCUGAGAGCUUUCCUCCCACUAUUCUCUAAACAGAAAAGAGAGACUCUGGUUGGGGUUGUUCAAGCUGCCUACCUGAACUUUUAACAAGCAAUAAAAACCUUAGACUUUGUACUAUUUGGACCUGGAAUGGAGAACCCCCCCCCUCCUCCUUUUUUUUUUCACAGAUCCUGAGGACAUAGCUGUUAAAGUACAGUCUUGCUUUACAUUUUCUGUGUUUUUUUGUUCUCUAUAUAUUUUACAUAUAUAGAACCAACUGUUUUUUUUGUGUGCUGUGUACGCUUCUGACGCUUCCGUUAGCUUUAGAUGCUAUUUAGUGACUAACUAUUCAUCUCUUUUUGGGGAAUUUGCAUGAAAACAUCUAAAAGUGCUAUUAUUUUGAAAUAUGCUCUACGAUUGUGAAAAAUAAAUGAAAUGCGGAUCUUAGACAUGUUUGCUGGAUAUUCUGCUGCAGGCAAAGUGCAGAUAUUUGCAUAUUUUGAUUAGACCAUUGCAUUGGCCUGUAUUCUAUUUAAACAAGCUCCAAUUUUAAAGGGACACUGUAGGCACACAGAUCACUUCAUCUCAAUGUGCCUCCACCACAGACCUCAUGGCACCACUGCCAACAUACGCACGCACUCUGUUACAUAUAUAUAUACACACACUGUUACUGUUUCAUCUCAAUGAAGUGCCGCAUUCCUGUUGUUCUAACCCUGCAGGAGCAGCAAUGUUUACAUUGCAGUUUUAAAUGCCUCUUGUGACUGUCACUGUGACAGCUACUAGAGGCACUUGUACCAAAAUAGAUGAGUGAAACGUAUGCACCAAUCAGAGACUAUCUGAUUGGCACAGUGCUGCCUUUUGCCACACAUGCACACUAGACUCACAAUGCUUUCCUAUGGGAGAGCAUUGGAAUGGCUGAGAUCAUCACUCUUGAAGAGUUUAGCCAUAGAGGCGGGGUGGUAGUGCGGUAUCAGGCGCUGCGAGGGAGAAUAGGUAAGGAAAAACUGCAGGUUUACUCCUCAUAGGUAGGGCCCGGAACCUGUUAAGAGUGGACUAUGCUAUAGUGUUCUUUUAACAUGUAAUGUUAUUUCUUAACUACUAUUCUCUUGCCCUCCAUGGAUUUCAGAUUUCAGAGCCUUUUUUCCUAGCUCUAAUUUCCAGCAACACUAAGUUCUCAUUCAGUUUCCUAACCCUAGCCCUUCUCAAAAAUGUACAUGUCUCCUUAUGUAUGUAUAACAGACUUUAACAUUGGGCCAUUGUCCUCCCUUUAAACAAUGAAUACUAGUAAAUUAUAAUGAAAAGAAAAGUUACUUUUUUCCCUAAUGUAUCGAUUUUUUUUUUCACUUGAUGUCUGUCAACUUUUGUUUUAUUUUUUUCUCUUGCGUUCCCUUUUCUUCCCUGUUUGGACACACAGUCAGUGAAAAUCAUCCAUCUUAAUAUAGAUAAUAAUAAUAAUAACCACUGCCUAUAUAUGCCUAUACUAUAAUUACAAAAUAAAUAAAUGAAAUCCAAUAGAAUCCUAACUAAAAGAAAAAAUAAAAUAAAUUUGCAUCUUGAAUACAAAGGGUACAUUUGACUAGUGCAUCCUAGUUUCUUGUUUUAAUGAUUACCCAAUUUAAUGGAACUCUUUUAUGGAAAGGAACUGAUAUUGUGUGUAAGUACCAUUGUCUUCAACCUGCUAAUCAUAUCAUCUAUAUACCAAGGUCACAAUUACUCUUACAAAAGUGUUAUGUAUACAGAAUCUGGGUCAAAUGUACAUUUAGUUAAAAUUAUGUGUGAUACAUUUCUUCUUAGCCCUAGAUCUCUUGGCAUCCAUAUACAACUAUUGUAUAACAUCAACACUUAAUUAAAUACUUAUUUACUUAUCUACAACUUACAGAUAAGAUCCUUUUAUCAAAUGUGUCUGUGAAUUAUGUAUUUUGUCAGAUGAUAACUGCUGUUACACAGCCUUACUGUACCCCAUAAUCACUGUCAUAUUAGGUUGGUUAAUUACCCAAGAGGUUAUGAUAUCUGUGGCUGUUUAAUUACCCAAUAUUUUUUUUUUCAUUGCACAAAAUUUCUAAAAGUUAAUACAAUCAUAUCUGCAUUAUAAAAUUAUGUUUUGAAGUUAUAAUAUCUGAUGUAUUCCAGUGCUUUAUUAGUAGUAUCUAUGUUUUUCAGAUUGUUGCAGAUACUUCUAGAAUAUGUUAUCCUCUUGGAUGUUAGAGCAAACCUUGCCAUAGAUCUACUUUUUAAUUUAACACUGGAGGAAAGGUAAUCAAUAUCACUUGGAUAUGAUUUAUGUUGGUACACCACUACUCUCCAUGUGAGUAAGGCUAUAUGUCUCUUUUAUUGUGGAACUGGUUGGGGGUUUAACCUCAAUGUGAGCAUUCUUUGGAUCCUUGGAUAAAACAAGUUCAUUAGAGCCAUUAUAUAACUCACAUGAGUGUGAUCCUUAAUGUGUUCUAAUCUAUACUAUGCACCAUCUUAUAGGAUAUUAUAGGAUUUGAUACCUUGUUUAAAACCAUCAUUUUGGCAUAGAACUCGCUUUUUUUUUCCUACACGUGAAUCUAAACUCAGUUCUUAUCACAGAUUGGCUAUAUGUCCUUGGUUUUGCUAUUCUGCAUUAAUUUGUGAAAAUUUGAAAUUUAAUGAAUAACCCUGAUUUAUGCAGGUUAUAUUAGAGUUUUUUUUUUUGGUUUUUUUACUAAUGUUAGACCAUGAUGAAUACAGUAUGUCGUAAAAGUAUUAUUUUUGUCAUUGCAUAUAUUUUCCAUGCGUUUUCUUUCAGGGUUUCUGAAAUAGAUGAAUUAUUAAAUUAUGCAUAUUUUUCCUUAUUUGUUGUGCUAUGGUAGCUAUAUAUCAUGUGUUUAAAAGAAAUGUAUAACAUUUUGUUUAUGUUCCAACUAUGCAUCACAUGAUAAAAUGUUUUGUUUUGUUUUUUAAUAAUAAUAAAAAAAACUGUCAAAUGGUUUCAAUUUUUGGAGAUCCAUCAUACUUACUCAUUACAUAUGACAAUUUAAAAACUAUAUAUAUUGAUCAUUUUGAAUCCAUUCUGUUUUGUUUUUUUAAAUAGAAUAAAUAAUUUUAGCUAACCUUGAACACAAUAGGAAAUCUACGUCAUAAUAAUAUAGAGAGAACCUUUUUGCUCUUUUCUUCACAGUUCAUAGCUGAAUGCUACGCAGUAAAUUAUAACUCUCAAUUCUCUGCAGGGUUUUUAUGAUUAACUGUCACUGAUGGUUUGAAAAUUAUAAUACAAUUCGAAAAUCACUACACUUAAAAUCUGUCAGAAAUUCAAGAGUGAAUUACAGCUAAACUUACCUCGCUUGGUUAGAUGAAAAUAAUAUACCUUUUCUGAGAUUAUAGUUUUAAACAGUUACACAAAAAUUAGUUAUUAUAUUUUGUAAUUUAAAUGCACUUAUGUACGCAACAUUCUAUUUUGCCUAUAAUUUUACUAUUUAUUAGUAAUCCUCAGAUUUCCUAUUUUUGCUAAGAAAUGGGGUGACUUUUAAAUAAUGGGAUUAAGGUUUAGAGAAUACCUAAAUUCUUGAUGGGCAUCUCCUCUCAUAUUCAGACAGUUCAUGUAGCAAGUGGUUUGGUAGCCUGACAUUUUCAGUAGACACUUUGUCUUAGCAUUCAUAGUACAACCAAUUUUAAGUGCUUAACAUCAUAUUCUUUCUUUUUCAAGCUUUUUUACUGAUUCCCUUCUACAUGUCUUUUUUAUACUUUUAUUGUUAAUAACAGGUUAAAAGUCCACUUCCGAGCAAACUUUUCUUCUGCAUUAUUGCCGUGCAUAACUGGUGUACUGGUAAGAAAAUUCAAGUUAAUAAGACACAUUGUAUUUUGGAAGUCAUUUAAUAAACUAUGCACACAAGCCUUUGAUUCACAAAACUCUGUCAGUAUAAUACUUCCCAGACAAUUUCUGGCAGAAACGUACGCAAAAUGAAGGCCAGCAACCGAUGGCCGGCACUUCAUGAUGACACCCAUGCUAGAAACCUUUUAUUCACAAUUUAUUUGAUAAAACAUUCCAUUGCCACAACCGGAAUUUAUGGCUGUUAAUAAUUAACAUUAAUCAUAAACAUUAUGGAUAUAUCAUCUGAUGAAACCUAAACAGUACCAAGCUUAAAGCCAAUUAAAGGUAUACCUGUUCGAUAAUCCCUUUUGAAUAUGAACAUAUGAAUAUUAAUAUGAUGUCCCCCCCAGCAGAUGUUUGACAUAAAAAGUAUUUUCACCAUAAUCUUUUUGCAAUAAUAACCUCCACAGCAAGUUCCAAUUGUUUUGGCAUAUUUAACCUUCUCGUCAUCAACCAUAGUGUGAGCAAAUGGUUUGCAACCAGUCACUAAGACCCCCUAGUCAUUCAGUGACCCUAAGGACCCAAAUUUUAUCUAAUUUUUAUUUUUUUGGUUUUGUAACAGCUCCCUGUAGAAUUUGCAUACUUUUUUAUAUUUCAUGCAGAAAGUCCUAUAAGCAAACAUCUCUAAAUUUGAGACCAGUUCUGUUCUUGAUAAAUGUCCUAUACUAAAGUGGCAUUCUCUUCACUAGGGGAUGCAAUUUUGCAUAUGAUGCCUUAGCUGAAUACUGUGUACUAUUAUUCCUAUUUAUGCUUUAGUAUAGUCUCUCACCUAACUCUUUUGUGCCGCAGAACAAGGUUCAGCUGGUCGGUAAGGAACUGUUUCUACAAUGUAUCAGUGUUAUAGGAAAUCUGAUUGAAGACCAAUAUAUAAGGAAGCAGAUGGCUGGUUCUCUCGAAUGUUGGGACUCCUGCCUGUCUGUGGUGGUAUGUCAAGUUUGAGACUAUUUUUGGGAAAGGUUUGCUUGCAUACAAACUCUGUUACUCAGAAAGUGCCCAUCUUAAGGAAUCGCUUUAUUUUAGUUGUCAUUGGGGUUUAUCCAAUCAGUUUUCCAAGGGAUAACUCAGAUGUAACCACAAAGAAUUUAGUGAUACCGGUGCUGUUUUAUUAUAAUGAUGAUUUCUGUUUCCAUUUAGGAUGAAUGUAGUAUGCAUGGAGAAGAGAAUAGAGACAUUUUAUCAGCCGUGCUUGGCCUCAUGUUAAACAUGACAUUGGAACAGAAUGGAGCCAUCCAGGUAAAUAAUAAUAAUAAUAAUAAUCUAAGAACAUACUGAGCUGAACAUGUGGAGAGAUGUUGGUUUGUAAGGUAUCUUAUUUUUUACAAUUUUGUUUUGUAAUUUCAUGACAACCAAUUGACCUGCUAUUAUUAAAUAUAAUUUAACUACUAUCAAUAGGUAGGAACACAGGUGUGCACUAGAGGUGUGCAAGUUGUGCCAUUUGUCCCCAAACACACCCUAUUGCAGGGACAAAUUGUCCUUCCUGUUUAGACGUUAGAUGCCUACGGGCACUUUAGUGCACCUUUGAGUUAGCUCAUGUAUUAAAGCAAAACAAUUUUAGUAUACACCUACUUAUUACUAGAGUAAAAAAGUGAAGUUUGUGUUUAAUUAUGUUUUUGUAUUUUCACGCAAGGUUUAGACUUUAGUUUCCUUGAGUGCAAACCCAUAUUUAAUGGGCUGAACACAUCUAUGGCUAGGAAGUGUUAUUUUUUUGUAGUAUUAUUUUUGUAUAUUUACAAUAUCAAUAUUUCUAUUUUCACACUUAGAGGGUUAUUGGGGGACUUUUUUUUGUCUCUCAGAGUGCCAUUACAGCAGAACCAUGUAAAGUGGACACACAAUGUAUUAAGAACAACCCCAACUGCACCCAAAUCACUUAUGCAGAAACACCACAACAUACUUGAAAUAUAAAGGAAUUAGUGCUAUGCAUGCAAGAUAGAGGUUAGUUUUAAACUUUAGUGUUAUAGGUGAGUGUUAGCCAUUGAGGCUCCAGUUUCAAUAUUAAGGAAUUUACCUUACUGCACCCAUAACUCUCAUGGGGCACCAGUAGGACCAUGUUUAACCCCCUUCACCAAAACAUACUAAUACAUGCAGCAUCAGGUGAAUCUAUGAAAUAUUUACUAAUGACUAGACUUUUUUAUGGUGAGACAUUUGGUGCUGCCACAUUAUUUUUUCCAAAGAUAGAAUCAAUUUCUGGGACACUAGACAUUGGUUGGCUGUUCGACAAGCCAAAAAGACAUGAAAAUUGUCCAAUCAGGAUGCUGCAAAAUAUAUACAUAAUGCAGAACAAUGAUAGGAGCAUUUUCCAACCACUUGGUUCUCAGGUAAAGUAAGAAAAAGUAACAAAUAGGAGGGAAAACAGGAGAAGCAGUGGAUAAAAAAUUACACAGCCAUAAAUCAUCUUUUUUGCCAUCAGUCAUCUCUUUUUUUGGCUGUACAGGCAAUUUUGAGUAUUGAAACCCCAGUAAAUGUUUGGAAAUUCACAUUUUUGUGAGUCAGUAAUUUGAGUAUAUUUCUGGUCAGAUAUGGGAAUUUUGCACAAAUUCAGCCUAACUACAGUUCGAUCCACCACUAUGACCUGGCUGAGAUGGUAGAAAACGAAGGACAAUAUAUCUCUUCAGAUUUAGCAGCCACAUUUACUGGUAGAAGGAGCAUGGUGUACACAUGCAACUAAGUAAUCAUCUUAACAAAUAAUGGUUUGUUGCCAACAUUAACCUGUUAAUUAAUGCCUGUUCAUUUAUUCUUAGAGAAUUAUAACAUCGCCUCUGUAAUUUGCUGUUUGCCACUAAUCUUUCUAGGAACGAGCCAUGGAUAUAACAUCCAGGUGUAUACAACUGUUAUGCAGCAAAGAUGGUGCUUUUCUUACAGUAAGUAAAAAUGUAAUCUUCCUACAAAUUAAAUUAUGUUAACUGUAAAUCCUUGUCAUGUUUUAAAUACUUUUUGACUACUCUGAAAAUAUUUACUAAAAUACCUAACGUUAGAUCAGUUUAGCACCAAAAACUCACUGUCGUUUUCUGCAAAUGAUAACACAAUUCAAUUUAACGUCAGGCAGUUUCUUUUCUGUAUGAAACAAUCGUCAUUGGCCAUCAAAUCAGACUAAUUACAUUAAGUGAGCAUAUGUUGUUGAUUAAUUUCUCAUAGCCAAAACAAACUGCAAGCUGCAGUCCAUAAGGGUUCAUUAAAAUUACAUGUACAGUUGCAAGAAAAAGUAUGUGAACCCUUUGGAAUGAUAUGGAUUUCUGCACAAAUUGGUCAUAAAAUGUGAUCUGAUCAUCAUCGAAGUCACAACAAUAGACAAUCACAGUCUGCUUAAACUAACAACACACAAAGAAUGAAAUGUUGCCAUGUUUGUAUUGAACACACCAUGUAAACAUUCACAGUGCAGGUGGAAAAAGUAUGUGAACCCUUGGAUUUAAUAACUGGUUGAACCUCCUUUUGGCAGCAAUAACUUCAACCAAACGUUUCCUGUAGUUGCAGAUCAGACGUGCACAACGGUCAGGAGUAAUUCUUGACCAUUCCUCUUUACAGAACUGUUUCCAUUCCGCAAUAUUCUUGGGAUGUCUGGUGUGAAUCGCUUUCUUGAGGUCAUGCCACAACAUCUCAAUCGGGUUGAGGUCAGGACUCUGACUGGGCCACUUCAGAAGGCGUAUUUUCUUCUGUUUAAGCCAUUCUGUUGUUGAUUUACUUCUAUGCUUUGGGUCAUUGUCCUGUUGCAACACCCAUCUUCUGUUGAGCUUCAGCUGGUAGACAGAUGGCCUUAAAUUCUCCUGCAAAAUGUCUUGAUAAACUUGGAAAUUCAUUUUUCCUUCGAUGAUGGCAAUCUGUCCAGGCCCUGACGCAGCAAAGCAGCCCCAAACCAUGAUGCCCCCACCACCAUACUUCACAGUUGGGAUGAGGUUUUGAUGUUGGUGUGCUGUGCCUUUUUUUUCGCCACACAUAGUGUUGUGUGUUUCUUCAAAACAACUCAACUUUGGUUUCAUCUGUCCACAGAAUAUUUUGCCAGUACUGCUGUGGAACAUCCAGGUGCUCUUGUGCAAACUGUAAACGUGCAGCAAUGUUUUGUUUGGACAGUAGUGGCUUCCUCUGUGAUAGCCUCCCAUGAAAUCCAUUCUUGUUUAGUGUUUUACGUAUUGUAGAUUCGCUAACAGAGAUGUUAGCAUUUGCCAGUGACUUUUGUAAGUCUUUAUCUGACACUCUAGGAUUCUUUUUCACCUCAUUGAGCAGUCUACGCUGUGCUCUUGCAGUCGUCUUUACAGGACAGCCACUCCUAGGGAGAGUAGCAGCAGUGCUGAACUUUCUCCAUUUAUAGACAAUUUGUCUUACCGUGGACUGAUGAAAAGCAAGGCUUUUGGAGAUACGUUUAUAACCCUUUCCAGCUUUAUGCAAGUCAACAAUUCUUAAUCGUAGGUUUUCUUAGAGCUCUUUUGUGCGAGGCAUCAUUCACAUCAGGCAAUGCAGAACUGGUGUGUGUUUUUAAUAGGGCAGGGCAGAUGUAACCAACACCUCCAAUCUCAUCUCAUUGAUUGGACUCCAGUUGGCUGACAUCUCACUCCAAUUAGCUCUUGGAGAUGUCAUUAGUCUAGAGGUUCACAUACUUUUUCCACCUGCACUGUGAAUGUUUACAUGGUGUGUUCAAUAAAAACAUGGCAACAUUUCAUUCUUUGUGUGUUAUUAGUUUAAGCAGACUGUGAUUGUCUGUUGUUGUGACUUAGAUGAUGAUCAGAUCUCAUUUUAUGACCAAUUUGUGCAGGAAUCCAUAUCAUUCCAAAGGGUUCAGAUACUUUUUCUUGCAACUGUAGAUGUUGCUGAAAAUAACACUUAAAACAAAUGUAUUUUCCACAAAUAGUCCAUAAACACAACACAACCGUAAUUAUACAAACACACAAAAUAAACAGUUACAACACCUACGUCAAAAACAAAAUAAUCCACUGUUUUUAGUGUAGACCUAAUACCCUUCUCAAUUAAUUUCUAAUGCUGUUUGAUAUUAAAUGAUGAGCUCUCACAGCCUACAACUGUUCUGGUGUUACCCAUUAUGCCACGCUCACAUGAUCAUUGUCUUUAUAUUUUAUACGCAAGUAAGUAAAGUCAUUAAGUGGUCCAAAAUCAAAAAUAAUAAAUAAAAUUAUAUUUAGUUAUGUAACACAGAUUAUCUCUAGAAAAAUAUAUAAGAAAUAUACCGCAUGGAGCAUGAGGUCUUUCUAGUUUACAUACAUUUUAACAGGAGGGGUAGCUGUUUGGGUAGGUGGUCUUUGACAUGUAUGACCAAACCAGGGAAUGUCUAAUUUUGCAUUUCCAAGAUGCUACCCCCUAUUAUGACAGGAAAGGGAUGUGCUGGGCAAAAAUAUUUCAACUAUUACUGGAUAGCACAUCAAAAUGCUAUAUAGGACUGAUCAAAAAUAAUGUUUCAUUUUCGUAGAUAGUGUCCAGAACCUAUUGGGAAUCCUGUUUUAAAAAAAUGUAUCUACAAUGACCACUUUAUUAAAGGAAACAAUAUUAGAGACAUACUAUUAAACCAAAUGAUGUAUAACUUGUUUAAAAGAUUAAGUAAAACAUAGUAAAAACCCAAGUGGAACUUAAUUAUCAUUAAUAUAAUUUCUAUAAAGUAACUAUAAAGUUCUACAGCAUAGAACAGUGAUGGCAAAUAUUCUUGAGCCCGAGUGCCCAAGCCGCAAUACAAACCAAUAUUUUUUCCUCAAAGUGCCAACACAGCAAUUAUAUACACACACACAAUCACAGAUACACAGACUGAUACGCAUACUCACAGAUAUACACUGACACUAACAGAUACCGACACUGGCACACAUACUCACAGAUAUACUCUGACACUCACAGAUACACACACUGACACUCAUAGAUAUACACUGACACUCAGAUACACACACACACACACACAGAUACACACCUAAACAUAUGCAUAGGCAAACACUCAAAUUGCAAUUUACAUUUGUUAACCAUCCUUUGCUCCCAUACCAUUUGUUUGCAGGGAGGUUAAUUCCUGGGGCUGGCUGAUGAGGGAUGCUGGCUGAUGCCCAGUUGGCCCCUCCCCCCCGGAUCAGCUCAACUCAUUCCGGGACACUACAUUGUCCUGGAAUGAGGGUGCCAGGGACAGACUCUCAAAAUGCGGGACUGUCCCGGGCGAUCCGGGACAUGUGGGCACCCAUUCGGCGACCUAUGGUUGCAUGCCCACAGAGAAGGCUCGGCGUGCCAUAGGUUCGCCAUCAGUGGCAUAGUACAAUGAUGGUACAAAGUAGAAAUACAGAAAUUACAAUAUAUACGGACAAGUAGUCAAAUUAAUUUUACUCCAUAAAAAAUACAUUGUUGGUUUUUAUUGUAGUUCUUGUUCAUGUGUAAAGUGACUUUCUGUGAAAGAAAUAAAUCAACCUAGGACAAAAAAUUACAGCUCUUAAUGCAACAGAUAAAAUUAUAACUAAAAGGAACUCAUAUAAAUAAAUUAUGUUUGCUGAUUUGCAUUAAAGUACAACAUCCUUUCCUUGUAUUGGCUUGCCCAGAACUUCUGUGGACUGGGACUUAACUCGGUGGCCAAUGCAGGCUCAGUAUGUUUUGUUAUUCAGUAACACUUAAAAUCGUUGAGAAGGCUCCACUACAUUCUAAGACAAUGCGACCAUGCGACAUGCACCAGUUCAGCAAGUUGAGACAAGAAAUAUAAGUAGGCCUUAGCGACCCAAAGGGGGACUUACACAAGAUUAGGCUGGUGAUAUUAACGUUGUUGCUGAUCAGUGUAAACUAUACAUGAAAUGAUUACAUUUGUGAGGCAUUUCAUUACUUACUUCAUAUUUAUUUCUCUGCAGAGAAGUGUGGGAAUUUUAAGCAGGGUCCUCCCACAAUGCACAGCGGCAGUGCAGCAUGCAGUUCAAGGAGGAGUUGUCAAGAAGCUCAUUAAACUUUUGAAGGUAAUUCCAGACACAUAUCUGCUCGGAAACAAAUAGUUCACAUGGCAUGCCAAAAAAACAAAAUAUAGAAAUAUGUAGGAAAGAAACAUGAUUUCCUCAACAAAAUGAACAAAGAUGUGAGUGAGGCCUUGGCAUGUUAGUUUGUUAGAAUGAUUGCAAGUAUUUUGUUGUACCAUGUUUCAUUAUCGAAAAUGCAUGUAGUGAAUUAAACAAAUCUCCCUAAUGGUUGAUAAAUAGCAGGCCUUUCAAGCAUCCCAUUUUCGGCAGACAGCCCUUAUUUUAGGAUCCUGUCCUGCCAUCACAACCUAGUUCCCUUUUGUCCCCAGAAAGAGUAGCAUAAGUACAUUAUUAAAUAUGUUUGUGCUCUGAAACACCAUUAUCUGCAUGAUCUGCCAUGAUGGGUAAGCCUGCUUUAUUGGCAGGCAGCCUUGACUGCAUUCAUGCCAGGUUGACCUGCUAUGAGUGGAUCUGCAACUCAAUCCUUUCGGGCGGCACCAGUGACAUGAUUCUUGUCACUGGCCCACCCCAUUUGACCCCACCACUGGCAUCCCUCUUCAAAGCAUGCCUAUGUUGGGAGCUAUAUAAAAAGACACAACUUAAAUCAGGAAAUGUAACUACAUAUAUUUAUACAUUUUAUAUAAAUUAUAUAAAUUUCUGCUUUGUUCAAAUAACAGGUAUACUGUAUCCUCUCUUAAACACCCAGUAUUACAUUUUAAAUAUAAAAAAAAAAUGUAUGUUGGAUCAUUUGUAUUAAUAUGCUUUAAUUAAAAGACAAUACGUAAAGUGUUUUGAUCUUUAGUUAGAAUACAAAGGAUGCCAUACUUACUGAUACAUUCCACCUACUGUGUAUUUGACAGUAGCAUAAUGUCUGCAGAGUGCCAUUUGUCACAUUUGAGAGAUACUGGCUUUGUCACUUUUACAUUUUUCAUAAAAACAGAAUAUUUCGGAAAAAAACAAAUUUGUGAGUUUGGCAACAUAUGACAAACCUAUGGCAAAAAGUGGAACUUUAAUGAGCGUGAACUUAGUGCAUCUUACCACUACCCAUAAGCCAUCACUCAAGAUGCUUGUUUGGAAAAAAACACCUUAUUUCAAGGGGCCCAGUGGAUGCGACCGAAUGCAUUUGAUGCUCUAUGUAUUAUUUUAUUUGCCAGGAGCUAAACAUAGUACGAAGGUAGAGCUUCACACAAGUAUGUAUGUGUGUGUGUUUAUAUAUACAUAUACAUACACCUACCUUCCACUUCCUUUCUCCCCCAGACACCAUCCAAUUAGACAAUUUAUCUAGGGAAACCUUUCCAAAAAUGCAGAGAACGUUCAAAUGACAUUGCUUCUAUAAAGUGUCUUAAUUAUGAUUUUUGAUGUUUUAAUGUGUAUGUAUGCAAAUUUAGCCACUACCUGAAUCCUGUGCAUUUGCAAAUAAAACAAGUAGACUGAUCCAUUAAAGGGGUACUAUAGUCUCAAUUACUUCAUUUAUUUGAAGUUGUUAUGGAGACCGGAGUCCCAUGGCACAUCCUUCCAUUAAGUGUUAAACUGUUUGUUUUUUUUUGCUUUUUUUUUUUGAUAAUUUAUUGAUAUUUUUUUUUAAAAUUUGGUACAAAAAAUUCAAAAUUAAACAUAGACACAACGGAGUACGCAUAAGUUGUUCCAUCGCAUAUACAUGAACAAUAUUAUUAUACAGUAAUACAUCUCUCCGAGAAUUAUACUUCAAACAUAAAAACAUUGGUAGAGGUGAAAGUGCAGAGAACCAUAUGCCCCACAUUCCCAGCUCUACUCAUAGACAAAUAUACAAACAUAGAAGUUGACAAUACUUCCUUAAUUACACAAAUUAUAAUUUAUGCCCGUCUUAAAUCGUAAUAGAUUCCCCCGUGAGUUUCUCAUCUGAUAGUUGUCAAAGUGCUCUUGCCAGUAUUGGCUUUUCAAGAACCUUUAUGCAGUUAUCCCACAUCUCAUAUUGACGUAUAUUAAAACAUAAAGUGGAGGCUAUACCCCUUUCCAUUUUACACUGGGUUAUAAUAGUUUCCUUAAUAUUCCUAAUUGGUGUCUUUUUCCAGUUUUUAGUAAUGGACAUCUUAAUAGCCAUCAAAGCGUGGAUCAGCAAACAUUUCUUCUCUUUAGAUAAUUGUGGUAGAUUUAAAUGUAAAAGUAAAGUAUCUGGAGUCCAAAUGUGCGUGAUACCCAGAAGAUUGUUUAUUUGAACCAAGAAUUGAUCCCAUGCUUGCCUGAUCGGAGCACAGUCCCACCAUAUAUGUAAUUCAUUUGCUCCCUCAUUUCCACAUCUCCAGCAUCUAGAGAUCUCUUCCUUUGAAAAUGUCUGAAUCAUAUUGGGAGUCAUAUACCAUCGAUUUAGAAGCUUAUAAUAUGCUUCCAUAAUAUUCAAGCAAUGGGCCGUUGAGUAAACUGUUUGAAGAGCCCUGUUCCAAUCCUUUAUAUCGAUUUUUAUUGAUAAGUCUCUCUCCCAUUUAGUUUUAGCAAGGGGCUGAAGAAGUCCUUUUACACUUUUCAUAAUCUCAACACAUCUAGUUAAUAUUUUUAUAUUUUUCUCUGAGUCUAUUAAAUCAUUUAAUUUAGAAACUGGAGAUGACUCUGUCAUACCGCAUAAAGAACUAUGUAGAAAACUUUUUAUCCUAAUAAAAUUAAAGGUCCGUGUGGCUGGAAUGUCGAAGACUCUUCGGAACUCGGAGAAGGAAAUAAUCUUCUUAUCUUCUAAUACAUCUGUGAUUUUAUAAAUCCCAUGCCUAGUUCAUUCUGCCGUGUGUAAAUUUACCAACCAUAUCUCCAGGCCUUUAAAAGGCAAUGCAGGUAAUAUUUUAUUCCUUAGUUCUAACUGAUUUUUAAAAUAGGUCCAGAACUUUACAAGAGGUCUAGUUAUUGGAUUAUCGGUUAAGCACCUUGUGUCUUUAUUUCGAAUACUAUUUCUUAUAGGCCACAAUAAUCUAACAGUAUUAUAUUGAACUGUAAAAUCUCCCCCCUCUAUUUCAAACCAAUUUUGUGGGUAUCUAUCCUGCUUAAUUAAGGGUAGGGUGUACAGCAGCUGAGCCGCUUGGUGAUAUCGGAAAAUAUUUGGAAAGCCAAUACCUCCUGGUUUGUGCUUCAAAUAUAGGAGUUCCUGCCCUAUCCUGGGCUUCCUAUCAAGCCAAAUAUAGUCUCUGAAGAUUUUAUUUAUGAGUUUAAGCCGUUGAGGUUGUAUCUGUAACGGAAUCAUCCUCAAUAAAUAAAUACAUUUAGGAAAAAUAUAAGCCUUAAUAAAAUCGACCCUGCCCCACCAGGAUAUCUCUAAUGAGUUUCAAUGUUUUAGAGAAUGCAUGCAUUCUCUAAUCAGAGGAAUUACAUUAACCUUCAUUAUAUUCUCUGGUUCUCUUACUAUAUUUAUCCCAAGAUACACAAAUCCCUUUUUUUCCCAUUUAAAGGCAUAAUGUUCAUUUAGAUAUUGGUAAUCUUCUUCUUGCAUAUAGAAAGGUAAUACCGCAGGUUUUUGGACAUUGAAGGACCACUAUAGGCACACAGACCACUUCAGCUCAAUUAAGUGGUCUGGGUGCCAGGUCCAUCUAGGAUUAACCCUGCCUGCUAUGAACAUAGCAGUUUCAGAGAAACUGCUAUGUUUACUUUAGGGUUAAUCCAGCCUCUAGUGGCUGUCUCAUUGACAGCCGCUAGAAGUACUUCCACGUUUCUCACUGUGAUUUUCACAGUGAGAAGACGCCAGUGUCCAUAGGAAAGCAUUGAGAAUGCUUUCCUAUGGACUGGCUAAAUGCGCGCGCGGCAUUGCCGCGCAUGCGCAUUCAGCCUAUGACGACCGAAGGAGGAGGAGAGUCCCCAGCGCCGAGGGAGCCCAGCGAUGGAGAAAGGUGAGUGUUUAACCCCCUUCCUCCCCCUUCAGCCCGGCGGGAGUGGGGCCAUGAGGGCGGGGGCAUCCUCAGGGCACUAUAGUGCCAGGAAAACGAGUUUGUUUUCCUGGCACUAUAGUGGUCCUUUAAGUUUGUAAUAAGACAAACGGCUAUAACUUUCAGUUACUCGCAUUGAAACUGGUACUGAAUGAAUUGGAUUGGUUAAAGUUAAUAGUAUAUCAUCAGCAUAUUGACUUAUCUUAAAGUCUUUACCCCUCUUAUUAAAACCUGUUAUAUCAGGGUUUUUACGUAUUUCAUACGCCAGGGGUUCGGCGCUUUAUUUUUUUUCAUAGCAUUAAUGGAAUCGAUAACAUCUUGGAGAGAGAUAUCUUUAUUCAAUUGGCCUAAUUGGGAGGCAUUUAGCCUAGGGAGGUGGAUAUUCAAAAGAUAAUUGUUUAUAUCUUCUUGCGAUGAUAUGACCGGUAAAUUAUAUAAUUUAUUAUAAUAAUCUCUAAAUGCCGCACCAAUUUUGUUGGGAUCCAAUAUUAUUUCAGUUCCGUGUCUUAUUUUUGUAAUUAGUUUGGCUUUUUGUCGUUUUUUUAACUUUGUUUGUGAGGAGUUUAUCUGCCUUGCUCCCCCUGUAGUAAUAAUUCAUUUUCAUAUACUGUAAAUUUAUAUUUAUUUUAGAGAUGAGAGUUUCAUUUAUUUUAUUUUCAAUAAUCCUAAUUUGAUUCGAUAAGGCUCUUGUAGGUGCAGCUAUAUUUUUUUAGCAUUGACCUAAUUUGAUAUACAGACUUGACAGUGAUUUCUGCCUGUUUUUUUUGGCCUUGGCUUCUAGACUAAUUAUGUAUCCCCUUAUAACACUUUUGAAUGCACACCAUUUUGUAAUCGUAGAAACUUCAUUAUUAUCAUUGUCCAGCCAGUACAUAUCAAUCGCCUUUGCAAUCUGAUCUCUAUUGCCUUUAGAGAUUAAUAUCUUAUCAUUUAGUUUCCAGUCUGGUCUCUGCUUAAUAAAUUUGUUCUUCAGUUGUAUUUUCACCAUGUUAUGAUCAGACCAAGUAACCGUAGCUAUAUUAGUAGCUUUCACUCUUUCUAACAGAUUACGGUCCCCAAAUAUAAAAUCUAUUCUUGAAUACGAACAGUGAGUCUUACUAAAACAUGUGAAAUCUUUCUCUGUAGGAUGAAAUAUUGAAAAGGGCUGCAUUUUGAAUUACAUUGUGGAAAAUUUUAGCUUGAUUAAUAACAUUCCUCAAAGGAGUUUUACCCUUUUCAGACCUUCUAUCUAAAUUAGGGUCAGUUACCAAAUUAAAGUCACUCAUGACUAUAGUUAAGCCUUGCUUAAUUUCAUCUAAUUGCGCAAAAAACGUAGGUAAAAACUGGAUCUGAGAAGUAUUCGGGGCGUAAAUAUUAGCUAAUGUACAUACUCUAUCUUCUAUUAUGCAUAUAAGUAUAAUCCAUCUGCCCAUCGUGUCAGUUUUCGUAUGUUUCAUAGAGACAUUUAACUUAGAUGAAAAAAAAAAAUAGCUACUUCUCUCUUUUUUUUUCUUCUUUAAAGGAGGAACAGGCUGAGGUAGGAAAAUCUUUAAAACAAAAUUUUCCCUCAUUGGCCUUGCGCCAAUGGGUCUCUUGAAUAUCAACAACUUGAGCAUUUUCCAAAUUUGCACGUUCGAAAAGCAAUUUCGUUUUCUGUGGGGAGUUUAGGCCUUGCGCGUUAAUUGAAACAACAUUGACCAUAUGACUAUUUUCCUGCUUUCACUUUAUCUUUAUUUUUCUUUCUCCUUCAUCCUAUCGCUUCCUAUUAUCUUUGUUCAUUUUACCUUGCCUGCUAAAGCCUAAACCCCCGCAGGGUAGAUAUCUCUAUCUCUCCUAACUUCUGGCAUAAAUAAUUGAAUAUUAUAUCUCAUCUCUAACUGCGUCAACUUAAGACAUACAAAAAAACCAGACAACAAUUACAAGUAACAACAACAAAUAAAAAAAAGACAUCCCUUAAAGGAAGAAUGGAUGGGCCUGUGAUAUACCCUCUUUCACAGACCCUCCAGCUAGAUCCUAUUCGGGAUCAAUAUAAUGAUGCUGAGCUACCCCAUUAAGAGAUUAGUUUGAAUUAUUAUACAUCCGGCUUGGCGAGCGCACGAUCCUAGAUACCAAGGAGAGAGCAGGAAAGGAAAAAAUAAAAAAAUUAUGAAAAAUAUGAAAGCUACACGUUCUGCCAUAACUUUCUCUCUCAACUGUUUCUUCUUAAUGUCUAAUGAGUUCUUGAUACAGUGAUCGCGAAACCCUUAAUAAACCAUUGUAUAUGCCAAUUAAUCUCUGGUGAUUAAACUUUUCAGACAAUAAAUAUAGUAUAAGUAGUUUCCUAACCCUAAUUUCGCCUAUUCAUUCCCAGUCGUUAAACUGGUUUUAAUAUUUUAAUGUUAAAUAAAAGUCCCCAGAAGCCCUUUAACAUCACAAUGCCCACUGCGUCUAUGACUUGGAAUAGAUAAAAUGAACUGCAUUAUCCCUGCCUUAGCAAUACAUCAGUUGGGGGCUAGGCUAUGGCAGGACAGGGAACCUUAUUUAGUGUUAAACUGAAUGAAAACUAUUUAACACUAAAUGGAGGGAUAGCUUGCUGACAGGGGACUACAGGCACUACAACCAAUUCAAUGAAAUGGUUAUGGUACCUACAAUACAAACAAAUAAAAAAUAUGAGAGCACACCAGAAAACGUAAAUAUUACCACAUAUGAAAAUUUGAAUAAUCCUGUAAAUUAAAACAGACAGGAAAAAAAUAGGGUAAUAACGUUCAAAAACAGUGAAACAUUAAUUAAAAUCGAUCUCACUCACAUGCUGCUGAGCCACUUAAAUAAGCUGGCUCAGACUAAAGGCAUUGAAUGGAUAAAUGUAGGUGGUCUCUGGAUAAAAUAUCAGCAGCUUUCUUGUUGUUCUUAUUUAUAUUCUCAUAGAGAAUCCAGGAUGCAGGAUACUGAGAAUAAAAUAUUUAUUGGAACAUAAAAAAAAAAGACAACUAAUAAAAUCCAAAUAUAAGAGUCCAUUUAAAACAUAUGUAAAUACACUUGAGGCGUUUCGGCAUUAGCCUUUCUCAAAAGUGCAGUAUACAUUCUGUGCGUCCCAGCCUUUAAAUAAGUCCGUUGUUGGCGCUUUUUUUUCCGGAAGGUAAGCCCCUCCCACUUCCGUUUCCGACAUCAGGUUUGCAUCCAUCCGCCGAUGUGAGUCAGAUCGAUUUUUAAUUAAUGUUUCACUGUUUUGAAUGUUAUUACCCUAUGUUUUUCCUUUCUGUUUAAUUUACAGGAUAAUCCAAAUGUUCAUAUGUGGUAAUAUUUACAUUUCCUAGUGUGCUCUCACCAUUUUUUAUUUGUUUGUAUUGCACUUUUGUUUGGUGGAGUGACCCACAUAGGUGAUUGUAGCAUCACAAUGUACUUGGUUAAAGCGAUCCUUAUAUACUAUUUUUAUGGUUUAGCUGUGGACAUUGCAUUGACCAUCCAUUGUUGAUAGGCUGCAAUUCACUACAAUACAACCAUUACACACCCCAUCAGCCAUGAAACAUCACUAAAUGUAAAAUUACACAUAUCUUUGCAGAUGUACGCAGCAUUUGCUCCAAUCUGUCUGUAGUCUCUUUGCUAUUUCCGGUGUUGCUUAGAUUAUUUUCAAGUAGAAUAUUACUUUUCAAACAGAUUUUCUAUCAUUGAUAGCUAUUGGAUGUUUUUUAGCCAAGAAUGGUAAACGUGACCCUAGGGAAAGUCUCCCGCAUACUCUCAUUUCUUACUUUUUAAAUAAUAGAUAUCCUGCACUUCUGGCUCUGAAUUUCUACAUAGUUAUUGUUUCCUGUGGGCAAUUUCUUGUACUUUUUAUGAUACCAUUUAAUGACAUCCACAUCAUUUUCUGGCCUCCGUUUGAGCGCGUUGAAUGCACUUUAAGUGCUGAAUAUAUUAUCUAACACAACAAUACACGAACAGACAUGUUGUAUCCAGGCAACACUGAUAUAUUCAAACUAACAUCAGAAGUAUAAAAAUGAUAUGUCGAAGCUUACUGUUACCUACAGCUGUGCUAUUAUCAUAUCAGGUGAGUUGUACGAAGUAAUAAACCGCAGAACUUCCUUUUCACUCAACAGUGACCACUUACAAGGUUAUUACUAAAAUUUGAAUUGAGUCCCAAUGGCAAAAUUGAAACUAAAUAGUCAAGCUGAGAAUGUAGCUAAAUUAAAAGACAGACUCAAAUUCAGCUAUUUUAACCUAACUUUGCAUUCAGAUUUGUAUAUAUAUGUAGUACAUUCAUUCCAUUUGAAAAGCAUACAGAACAGUGUAGAGCAGAAUAGUUUGAUUAACAUGUAUUAUAUUCUUUAAAAUAACCUCAUAAAUAGAUUUUUGGUUAAGAACAAGUAAUUAGGGAGAUAAAGGGUGGCCUAAUUGUAGACACAGCUGUUGAAGUAGAAUCACAGACUUGAGCUGUUUUUAGCCACCCCUGGGACAGGUUGACUCAGAGCAGGGAAACACAGCUGAGUUACGGCAGUUUGCUAAACCAUUUCAUGUAUUAUCUUGAAUAAUAAUGUUGAAUGAACCAUUCCUAAGCCAUGUGUAAUUGUAAUAUUAACCUCUAAUGCUGAAAUAAUUUGCCUCUAGAAUAAUAAAAAUUUUCCUUUUUUUAAAAAAAAGUUUUUAUUUUUUUCUUAUUCUUUACAAAUAAUCACAUAAGACACAGAACCACAGGAGUUAUAGUUCGUGACUACUACCAUGCCAAUAGGAACAUUAGCUAUAAUUCUGUAAUUAGGCCUAUUGUAAUCCUCAGCUCCAGUUUACCUUCCAAUAACUUAUAACAGUGAUGGCUAACCGUGACACCAUAAAGUGUUUCUGGACUACAUUUUCCAUGAUGCUCAGCUAGAUUUUAGACUCUAAAAGCUAGCUUAGCAUCGUGGGAAAUGUAGUCCAGAAGCAAUUUGUGGUUCACUAAAUUAGAGAAUGAGAGGUGGGUCUCAGAAAAACAAUAUUUAAAGCAAAAUAAUCCACAGUAAACUAAAAAGUAUCAGAAUAUAAUUCACAUAAAAUAUCUGCUACAUUCAGAAACAGAUGCUAUUAAAAAUUCCAUGGUAAACAGAUGAGAACAUUCAUCAAUUAUAUGGAUCUAGUUUAUGCAUCUCUACCACAAAUCUAUCUUGAUAGAUUCAAGUCUCUAUAUAACACAUCAGAUCACUUUGUGCUGCCUUGUGUAUAGCUGUCAUUGUAAAUUUCAGUAAUGGGACACUCUAGGCACCCAGACUACAUCAUCUCAUUGAGGUGAUCUGGGUGCAGUGCACGUUUCAUUAAUUCUGCAAUGUAAAACAUUGCAGUUUUAGAGAAACUGUGAUGUUUAUAUUGUAGUGUUAAGACUGCCUCUGGUGGCAUCCACUAGAGGCGCUUCCUGCUGUUUGACUCCAUGUAAUGAUGCUGGAUAUGCUCAUGCUUUCCUUUGCAUGACGACAUCCAGUGUCUUCAAAAUCCCCAUAGGAAAGUAUUGAUUAAAUGCUUUUUUAUUAGGAAAACCUAAAGUUUGCGCAUUAGGUCCUAUCCAUUGUUUGAUGUUGGUUGGAGGAGGAGCCUGACCCAGCGCCGAGGGAUAUCGGGACUGGAAUCAGGUAAAUGAAAAAAAAAGUUUUUAUACCCUAUUAACAUCACUAGGUUGGGGCCACAAGGAAGAAGCAGGGUAGGGGGUUCCUACAGUGUUAGGAAUACAGAUUUGUAUUCCUAACACUAUAGGGUUCCUUUAAUACAGGUGCACCCUCUAUGUUUUCUUUCUGGUUCAUAACAAUUUUAUUUAUAAUUUCCCAUCCUACCUGAGGAGUACGAUCAAUUUAGCUCUCCAAACCAUCAACAUCGUUCUGUUAACAUCCAAGUCUUUAUUCUACAUCAGUUUAAAUUUGCCAUUUUAAAUAGUAAUAAAGUAACACAGAGUAUUUGGGGAGGGUUUGCACUCUACUAUGCAGUAGAAAGAAAAAUAUAGCUCACAUUGUAUUGGAAUAAUCAAUCAAAUUGAAAGGUUACUCCAUUCCACCAGAUACUUAAAGGAAAGACAACCCUAGUGUAGUGGUUCCAUAAAGCAGUGUUUUAUGCAGAACAUUAUAACACCCAUAUACAGUGUGGGUAUUACAAGAAAAAGCUUAAGUGCAUUAAAUGAACAUGCCACCCCUAUUACCCAUAGAGGUGGCUAAUACAGGCUGAGAUUGCUUUGACAUUUUUAUUAAUUUUUCUCUUUCAGUCUGUGAGUUAUUGGUGUUUUGAACAGGGCACAUGCGUUUUCGAAAUACAGUAGCAUUUACAAUAAAGCAUUAACACUUACAGUUCUGUUCUAAGCACAGUACCGUGUGGCUCUUUUAAAAACACAAAAUUAAGCAAAAAAGAUAAAGGGGAUACGGAGUUACAUUACCGAACACUGCAGAAUAGUUUGUGACUUUUAAUUCUUUUUACAGAUUUCACUUCUCUUAGCAGCUUUUAAAUUAAAACAAAACAAUGCACUAAUCUAUAGCGUACAGAAGCGAAUUAGUUGAUAAACGACAUGUCUGAUUUUAAAUAAAUCAUUGAUUUGAUUGAAGUAACUGUUUUAUUAUUCCAACAUCGUGUUACAGUAUGAAAUUAGGCAAAAUAAACUGAAUGAAUAGCCAAAUCUUUACAAUCUGCAUUUAGUUUUUUUGUCAAUCUCUUUUUUUUUAAUUUGGUAUCAGUAUAGAAAUACAGAGAGGGUACAUAAUUAGAGUACAGAAAGAUAAAACUGUAGAAUGAAAAUACGAACAAAUGCAAUCCUUAUCACAAAUCACAUAUGGCCAUGAAACCCAAAACAGAAAUAAAAAUACUUUGCAUGAUUAGUGCUGCAGUUAAUAUCAGGGGUGUCAGGACAGCUGCUCCUGGCAGGGAUCUAUGAAAUGUCUCCAAUAUCCGUGUCCACCUGUGCCACUGUGCAUAAUCCUAAUGAGGGGUUGUUUGGUACACUGAAACCAGUGAGGUGAACCAUCCAUGGGCAGUUUCAGUUAUCUAUUGCCUGGCCUAAUAAAACUGCUACUACAGUAAUCAUGAUCUACAUUCCCACCAAGCUAUAGAUAUACUGAACCCCACUGUCAAAAUUCAUGAAACCCCAGCCUGAAUUAUCAUGGGAAUAGUAUCCUGAAACAAAAAAAAAACAAAAAUAGGAACUCUUUAAGCAAUGCUAUCAUUAUUGCGUAGUGAUCUCUGCCACACAUGUGUGGGUCCAACACCUGCUAACGCGCCUACAACCAAACGGACAAAGAACAAACUCAAUCACACUUCUUCUUUGGGCGUGCCAUUUUAAACCUGCAUACACUUUUCCUUAGGACAUUUAUAAUUUAUUUAUAGACAAUGAAGUGGGCAAAUGAACUUGGUUGAUUUAGCCUUAUUAUCAAAUCAAUACCCUGAAUAUAAUCCCAAUAUCUGAGACAAAAUUGAGCAAUGGUAUAAAUACUACUAUGACUUCAGAGGUUUUGUGACCUUUAAAUUAUUUUGUUUUUACCAGUCCACAUUACAGCAAGUGAAGAGCCAAAAUCCUCUACAUACUCUAGAAUGGAGCGCAACUCUGUAAAAAGGUUUAAAGAAAUAAACUCACAUGUAGUGAAAUCACAAACCUCCCUGAAGGCAUAACGUUCAUAUUGAUUUUCAGCCCAGACAGCAACCAAGCUACCUUUGUUGGCCGAGUAUAUAGCGGUAUAUCAUUAGAGAACCCUAAGGAAGACAAGUCUUCUCUCGUUAUGAAAGUUCAACUGUUAUAACUUUCAUGUAGCUGAACAGACUGGGAUAACACAACUAGCUCCCUACUUCCACAUGCUUUGAAAAUUGGUCUUCUGGGACCUUCCUUAGAUUUCGAGUAUAUACCGUAUAUAAUAUAUAAUAUGAAUUAUAAGCUUUUCAACUUUGUCUGCACUCUUGUUUGUGUAGCCAGUGUUCUUUCAUAUAUAUAACCUUAUCCUACUCUCUUAAUGUAGCAAUGUUUUGAUGAGUAACUUACUUUAUGCAACAUAUGUCAUAUAUCUGUCCACUUAAUUCACAACUGCUACUGUGAGCUUCUAACUGUGGUUCUCUGGAGACAAGUUAUUGAUGUGGGCCCUGCCUAUAGGCCUUGAGCUAUUGUGACCAUCCCUUACAAAGUUACACCUUUUGUGAAGACUAGUACGCUGUCAAUUUUUUUAUUCAUUCAGGAGAGCUAAUACAAGAUAUUUCAAGAGCUUCAAGGUAGAAUUAGAUGAAUAAGAUAUACUUGCUUUCUAAAAGAACAACUAUUUUAACUACGGAUAUUUGUGCAGUUACAAAUUGCUCUAAAUUCGAGAUUAUUUUGUAUCUGUCAGCAUAUCAUUUCAAUAUAAAAUAAGAUAAAACCUUAACAUCAGCUAUCAAAGUUUUCCGUAACAGACACAGUUUAUCUUAUGUUUAUUUUAUGGAAGAUAAUAUUGCCUUCUUGCCAAACUGUUCUGCUGGGGAAAGUAAAAAAUAUUGAAAUAAUCUCAAAAUAACUCUUAGCAUGAUGACUCAUCUUCGGAGUUGGAAGUGGCAUAAAGUGAUACUAUCUCACCGGAGAUAAAAUAACAUACUUUGAGAAAUUCAAUCUUUAUUGUAACUGUUGAUACAGAAUAUCCCUGUUGGUGCUAGUCAUGAUAUGCUUGAGAACACAUAGAACACUUGAAUUAAAAUAUCUAUGUCUGUACGUAGGAAACAUAUAUCAUGUUUUGAUGUUCAGCCAUAAUUAAAUGGAAACUUGAAGCUGGAGGUGACCCACAAUUUCGUGAAACUUUAAAUAGUAAAACAAUAGAAAUAUACAACAGAUAACUUAAAUGCAUAGAUUUCUGAAAUUAGGCAUUCUGGGGAUAUGCAGCUUAUGCUUAGAGGUUUCUUCAGACAAGGAUUUAGUUGAAGAAUCUUCAGCUACUUAUGGCACUCCAGCAAUCAAAGAAGCUUGUGGAGAAAUCCCUGGAAAAUAAUAAUUAGUUAAAUAAGUUUAUGACUAACACAGUUCAUGCAUCAAUGAGUAAAUACCCUUGAGGCUCAAAACACAUUAGGUGGUGGUGUGUUCUCCUAGCUUGCAUGAUUUAUUUUUUUCUAUAAUAAUGCAGUUAGUUUGUAUGUAAAUUGUGUGGUUACUUCCUAGUUAUUUUUUGGAUCCUGUCCAUUUGUACUUAGCUUCGUCACUAUUGGCACUAUCGUUACUUUCUGUAGGAGAGCUGCAGGCAUCCCAUAAACCUCUGUCCAGCAAAAAUGUAUGAGCUGUGUAGUUCAGCACUGUACACAAAUGCUAUCAUGCAAAGACAUAUUUCAACCUGCAUCCCAAGCUGGUAAAAAGCCACAGAUGCCUUCUACUCACUUACAAAUAGCUAUAAAUGUAAAAUUAUAAGCAUAGGGGGUUCAACAUUGGCCUUUUCAUAGAUGUUUAUGAAAAAAAGACAGUGGGAAUUUAAGUAAGUAUAGCCUUAAAGGAACACUAUAAGAUUAGGAACACAAACAUGCACUUUUGAAAAUAUAGUGUUAAAAACCCUAUCUAGCCCCCCUCCCCCUUUCACCCCAACAUCCCUUGCCCUCUUUAAUAUAGUAAAAUCUUACCUUUAUUUCAGUCUGCUGGUGCUGAUGUUCUCCGUCAAUCACAAUGCUGUCCGUAGGAAAGCAUUGGAUUGGCUGAGAUUGUCAAUUCUGAUGAUCUCAGCCAAGGAGUCGAGCCAGGGGUAGAGCCAAAUGCCACCCUGGCCAAUCAGAAUCUUCUCAUAGAGAUUCAUUAAAUCAGUGCAUCUCUAUGAGGAAAGUUCCCAUGCAGAGGGUGGAGACACUGAAUGUCAGUGUUGCACACUGUGCAGCACUGCCCCCAGGAAGCACCUCUUCUACUGAGAGUUGUCCCUAGGCAGUGAUGUAAACACUGCCUUUUCGCUGAAAAGACAGUGUUUAUUGCAAAAAGCCUGCACGGAUUGACUAUACUCACCUGUACAACUACAUUAAACUGUAGUUGUUCUGGUGGCCAUAGUGUCUCUUUAAAACUACAACUAUUAAAAGAUGCAUGCAUUAAGCUUUGAAACAAUGUUAUAUAUAGAAUCAUUCUAGAAUAAUAUAUUUAUACACGGAUGGGUUGAUUGUUUCAUGUAAAGUUCUGCGGACUGCCUUGACAGUUUUAUGAAUAACAAUAAAAACAUAGCUUUCAACAUGUAACCUAUAUGUACAACUAGCAAUAUACAUGACAAUAGCACAAAAUGUAACCUGUUCUAUUAAACUUCCUUGUGAGAAAUAGAAAAAUAAAAUUAUAGUUAACACAAUAUUUUGUUAUUUUUGUUGUGUUUUGAAUGCUUCUCCCAUAAUGUUCCCUUAGUUCUGUUUCACACAUAUAGUACACAUCUGGAGUAGUAUCACCAAAUGUUGUGUUUUGCCCUACCAGCUUUUAAUAUGUGCCUUGGUUAAAAACUGUGUAUAAAGCAGCGGGGAGCUUUAAAAAAAAUGACUCGCACAUAUCCACAGGAUAGAUUCAAAAGAUAAAUGCUUUCUGUACUUAUUUGCAUAUCACUGCAUGACAUUCUGGGAAUGUUGUGGGAAUGCAAUGACCCUUGAAUUGCUGUGCUUGAAAAUGUGUUUGUUUUUUAACCUAUUUAAUGUUUAGAGAAUGUAUACUAAUGCACAAAUUAUACAUAAUUUUAGAUUUACUACAUGUCAUAACGCAACCUUACAAAAAAAAGCUGUGGUCUUAAAUAUCGCCUAUAAAAUAUUGCAUUUCCACAACACUUUCAGAGUAUCAUCCAGAAAUGCCAGGGCAGACACAAACCAAUAUAUUUAGAGACAUGCUAUUUGGUUCUCUAAGGCCACUGUGUAAGGUACACUUAUCUAGUACUGGGUACAUUCUAUCUCUAAAGCAUACAUUUAGUCAUUGGCUCAUUCUAUAUGUACAGUAACAUAAAGAAUAUUUGCAGAGCAGAUGGAAGUUUCUCAUUCUUCAGCCACCCAGUUUUAGUAUUCAUAGUCGUGCUUUAGUUUCAUCUUCCUGAUUUUAGCUGACAGGGGUAAUACUAAAAACAAAUUUGCUUUCUGCUCGUGUAUCCCCUUCACUUUAAGGUUCUAUGUACAUGUAAAAAAAAAAUAUAUAAAAAAAUUAAGCAUGUAACAGAUGUUAUUUUGCUUAGAUGGCUCCUAUAAAAGAAAAUAUUAUAUGUGUAGUUUAUUAUAUUUUUGUCUAGGAUCCAUAUUUUGUAGUGUGUGGUUUUUCUGUAUUAACAAUGUAUUUGCAUUAAACAGAAGAAUAUUAUUUGUUAAUUCAGGCUGGUGGCCAGAGAACAUCAGUUUAUGCAGUGAAAGCUCUUGCUGUGUGUGCCAAAGAAUAUGCUCAGGCAAGGAAAGAUGUGUUCAGAUAUGAUAAGAGUAAGUAUAACUUGGUGUCGUAAGAAAAUGUGACGUCCACGUGGAAUACCAAACAGAAUCGAGCUUAAUGCUUUGAAUUAAUUUCUUUGCUAAAUUAUGCAUUCAUAUUUGGUACUAGGUUUACAAAGAGUUGGCCAUUGACAGGGUACAAUAUAUUAUUGUCUCCUCCAUGGAUGCAGCUAAAUUAGCUCUUUACUUUAUAUACACCUUUGAUAAUUUUUUUGAGCUUUUAUAUAUAUAUAUAUAUAUAUAUAUAUAUAUAUAUAACACCAUUUUUCUGACUGAUUGAGCAUAAAGAGGAAUGUAAACCACAAAAUACAGAGCAAUAUUAUCAAAUUAGUUACAUACCAAGAGAAUUGAACUGGGUUAGUGAGUGAAUGUGAGGUGUUGGGUGGGCUUGGAGAUUUAGUAUGAGACCAAUUGGGUUAAGGUGGCUAGGAGCAUAGGAGCAAGUGAUUAGGGGUGGUAAUUUUGACAAAGUGAGUCACUCUAGCUGGGGUAGAUGACUUGGGUUGAGUCAAGGCAUGUGGUUGGAUGGAGAUAUAUGAGGUUAGAUAGGUGACCUAGUAUGUGACUGGGUCUGUGAUUGUGACUGUUUGGCUGGCUACUUGAAAGUGAUGGGUGGUUGAUUUGGGACAGGUUGGGUAAAUGUGACUGAGCGGGUUGUGGUGUGUGACUGCUUGAGAGGCUUAGUGAGGGAAUGUGGCAGGGUGAUGGGGUGUGCGACUGUAUGAGAGGUUAAGUGAGGAUAUGUGAAUGGCUGGCUCAAUGUGACUGUAUAGGUUGGGGUAUGCAUCAGGGUCGAAGCUAUAUGUGAACGAGCAGUUGGGGUGGACGAUGUAGAUGCUGGUGUGUGAACUCAGGCUGUAAUCAGUCACAUACUAGUAGGUUCAUACUUCUACACUUAGCUGUGUGAAGCUGUGGUGUUCAGGUAAGAAAAGAUAACACUACAGUUCACUUUAGUGGUUAUGGUGUCAGGAGAGGCCUAGCAGUCAUUGUUUUUUCCCAUUGUUUUUUAAAGCAUUUCCACAACCCAUCUGUUCCGUCUCCUGUUCUUAUACCCUGCUUUCAGGAUUCUUCCGCACUAAGUAGAGACAUACAGGGAUAUAGUGGUUAUGGUACUUGGAGUGUUCUUUUAAAUACACGUGCAAGUGCAGUUCAUUUCAAUGUUUGAUGCUUGUGUAAAGCCAACAGGAACUCAGCUUGUAAAAAUAGACAUCUAAUCAUAUAUCAUGAGUUUCCAUUCCUGUAACUUAUUUUAUCCUUGCGUGAUAGUGUUUGGAGACUUUGUAUAGCACAGUUUUGUUAAUUAUGCAGCUUUAUCUGGAGUCAUAAAAUAUGCAAUACACCAAAUAGUUUUUUUUUGCGAUUUACGAGCUUUAUAUUUGUCCUGACAGAUUUUAGAACUUUACUGAAGCUCUUGAGUUGUGAAGAUGAGAUGAUUGUUGGGAAUGCUGCUCUUUGUUUGGGAUACUGCUUCGAAGUUCCAGGGGCAGCUUCCUCUCUGCUGAAAUCUGAUGUUCUGAAGCUUUUGCUAACUCAUGCUAAAGAAGAAGGCAAGACCACUAAAGUACAGGAGAAUGCUGCAAUAGCCCUCGGAAAGCUGUGUACUGCCGAAUCCAGGUAAUCCUCUAUCGUAUGUGACCAGAGAACCUCAUGCUUGAGAAUGUUCUCUCAUCAUUCAUGGUUUCCAUUCCUUUCCUACUGAGAAGAACAUUCAGUGUGUAAGGCUAAAAAUGCCCAUACUUCCAUGAUAACUUUGGACUUACGUCUACUUGCUAUGAUCAAACAUGUUAUAAAUAUGCUCAUUUCAAGAGUCAGAAUUAACAUGCUAAGAAAACAGUAAAGUGUUCUGCUUUUGUUUUUGUUGUUGUCCUUUCUGAAAAUGUAUUUAUUGGGUUCAGAGAAGUGCGUUAGGCAUGUAACAAUUCUACAAGGGUCUUAGGAGUGAUCCCCAGACUUGUUCAUCUUGGAGAACCAUUUUUAACAUUGAACUCAAGUGAUUUACAUAUAGAGAGACUUUGUUGAGUGUUUCUUUUUUAAUGUUUUGUUUUAUCUUUGUUCUUUUUUCUGCUAAGUGCCAAGUUUAAUUAGCCCUUUAAUUUUAUGAAUAAGAUCAUAUGUUGGAUAUUUUUGCAGCCUUACCUGUCCUUGAUUGAAUAGAAUUCUAAAUAGUAAAUGAUUCUGAUAUCAGAUAAUACAGAAUAAUAUAACACUGCCUUUCUUAUAAUUCUUUCCAACAUUUGUAUAACCCUACAUGAAUCUGUAUAUUAGUGCACAAUGGACAAAUGAUGCAUUGUCUCUGUUUUUUCCCUUUUCUUUGCAGAUAUAUAUACCAACUUCGUGAACUUAAUGGAAUUGAAAUUCUCAACUCCUGUAUGAAGUAUAUCAAGUGAACCUGAUGUUAUUUGUCCUUCACCUCCACAGUGUUAAUAAAAAUGAAAAAUCCCCUCUCCCAUAGAAUCCCCUCUCUCUAAGACAAUUUGAAAUCUAAAA